AGUGGAGAGUGUGUAAUAGGACACCAGCCCUCUCUGUCUUUUCGCUCUCCUCUCCUCUCCUCUCUCUCUCUCUCUCUCUCUCUCUCUCAGUCAAGCCCGCUGUGUGAGCUCCUAGAUGGAAUAGCAGCAUUUUUCUUCUGUGCUCUAACUGAAGGAAACUGGAACCAAGGUGUGGAAAUAAGAGGGAUAAAUAACACAGAGACACCUGGCUUUGUUCAAGUGGGACCAGCAGUGGAGGAAGCUCCUUGAAAGGUGAGUCCUGGACUAGAGACGUAUGUGGAGUCUGUCCUUGUAGGUAGAGGGUCUUUACCUGCUUUACUGCACCGCUCUGUGGUGGUGGAGAUCACCCAGGAGAGGCAGAAGGGAGGUGGCAGGUAGGAGGCAAACAGGUGCAGGGACGUGGGGAGGGUCGUGGGACGUAAACUAAAUCUGAUAGUUAUAGAGCCAGCCAAAUUGACCAUGUGUCAUCUUGAAAUCUGAUGUAGUAUUACACCAGAAUACUGCUUUAUUUCCUCCAUAAUGCUUCGAGUUAAAAGGUGUAAAAAUUAUUUAAUUUAAGUCAUAAAUUGUUGCUAAAUGUCUUCAAGCUGAUUAAAACUAAAAGUUAGAAGCUUUUUAAUGUUAAUUUGCUGAUAUUGGUUGACUUGAUUGUAACAUUCAGUGGUCUAAGAAGUAGAAAACACUUUUUUAUUAACAUUAAAGUAUUUCUUUUUUCUUCUAAGAGGAUUUUUCAGACCCUCGUGUUGGAUAUAAAAUCAGGAAAUGACUACAGGUCAUAAUUCUGUUGCUUGAUAACCUUAAGUUACUCAUAAGGAGAGAGUUUCAGACUUUUACAAGCUCAGGGUUGAAAUUCAGACUUCAAUUUCAAACUAUGAGACACAAUUUUAGGGCUGGAUUUCUUUAAGUAGUGUGAAGAAGAAUGUAGGCCUUUUAGGUUUCUAUUUAGUCCAAGUAGCUUGCUUACAACUUUAAUUCACCACAUUAAGGUUCCUAGUUUGGUUUUAGCUCAUUCCCAAUCAUUUGGUUCUGUAAAAAAAUGGUUUUCUAGCCUCACAAUGUCUGACAUCAUAAGAUUCACAUUUUUAAACAGCGAGUCUUUCAUUUUUAAACACUUGAAAUAAACAGUUUCGUGUUCUCGGCUGUGCGCAUGUGAGGGUGCGUGUGGUCGUAACACAGCUACUGACAACUGAAUGACAGGGUGUGGUGUGAACACACGCCGUCCUGUUAGACUGCCAGGACACAGGGAGUAACUUUUUCAUCUUUAUUCCUGAGUUACUGGUGAAUAAGAACUGAAAAGUUUGAUUUAUGUAAAAAUAACCCAAAAAGGAAUUGUUCUGCUUCAGUUUGUAGUCUUUGUAAAUUGUACACGUGUGCAAAACAUUAUCAGGAGCAGAUGGGAUCCAAAUAUUCAGACCUCGUUUUUGGAGCAUGAAGGGAAAAAAAAAAGAGGAUUUGCUUGUACAGCUUUGCCAUUUCAUCAACAUUAGUUUUUGAGCUGUACCUCUGAAAUAGUGAGAUGGAAAAUUCAUUAGGCCGUCUGCCAAGAAAUGAACAAUAAACACAAUUACCAUUUCACCCCACUGGAAAUGUAACUCUCCACUCUCUUCAGCUGACCUCCUUUUUGUGGAGACAUUUAAUUGCCAUCCAUCGUGGAGAUUCUUGGCAAACUCAGCGCUGGAAUUCCUGGACUUUGAAACGCUCAACAAAUUUAAUUGAAGUAUUUAUUAUUUUUGUGCCAGGCAACAAACACUAAGGCACCUUUUUUUUUUUUUAUUGUGAGACCCAUUUGUUCAGGGGAGCAUGAUGGUGGUCCUCCUGAUAGUGAGCUCAUUCAUGUCACAGGGCGGAGAUCAGCACAGAUAGGGUGUUGUUUGGGAAGCAAAAGAGGUGUUUAAACCUGACCGGGUGGGAUGUUAUAGGAGAAUCAGAGGGAGGCGAACUCUCAUGACGAUGAGUUUAGCAGGUGUGACACCAGCAUUCCCAGGGAGAGGGUGCAGGACAGGGAAGAUGUAAGUAGUUAAAAUAAACUUUUUAAAGGGUAGAUUCACUCAAAAUUAGCCUUGCUUAUUUUCAAAUACUUACAGUGAGAAUGUCAAUAUUGAUCCUGUAAAACCCAAGAUAACAUUUAACGACAUUUUUGUGACCAUUGCAAACAUACUUUGAAUUCUUGUUUUCUCCAGUUUUGACAUGUGCACACUACAGUAUGGGUUUGGGUUAAGGAAAUAUUCUCGUUAUGGCAGUAAAACACAAGUGCAAGGUUAUGUUUAGACAACAAAACCACUUACUGAAAGUGAGGGAAACGGUGUGGUUAAGGCCAUAAAAACUGAAUUAGUAGUUGGUCUGUGAUGGUGUGCAAACUCCAGUGUGACUCAGUCCAAAACUCAACACCCUGACUCUUUGCUUAGCAACGUAAAGGACAAACCAUCAACUGGACUGACUCUGCAAAAGAUUAUAUUUAUAAUUAAAAUAAGUUUUAGGUCAAUUAUUAGAAUAAAGUUUUGCCCAAGUUUGGGUAAAACUUUAACUUGGGUCCAUGUUUGUUGUAAAGACAGGAGCACAAGAUUACUUAAACUACCUUGUACAAAAAGAGUCCUCCUUACUCAUAAAAAAACAACAAUAAAGUUUCCAAAUUGAUUUUGUUUAGCAAUAGAAUUAUUAAAAGUAGGCAUAAACCUUGAAAAUCUUCUACAUAUUUACACUUUGACAGACAAUCUACAACCAGAGAGCUGAGGUUUUAAAAUCUAAAAUAACUUCAAAAAUGUCCUCCUGCAUUUCCAUGAAAUUUGGGUGAAGCACGCCUUUAAGAGUGGAAACAAAAACCCCCUAGCAGACCCGGUCUUAGACUCAGGACAGGGUCAAUAGAGCCAUCUGCCUGGAGGCUAACGUUGUUGGAGACACCCCAGUUGAAGCAAGCUCUGGGGUGAGGGUGUGUAUGUUUGUGAGUGGAUGAUGCAGCAGGAGGAGAAGGGCUGCAGUACAGCGGCCAGGGCCCCACGCUGUUUUAUUCCUCUCAAGUGCAGCCAAAGAGUUCUUGUUCCUCUGCAGUUUCCAUCUGUUAUCCGUAUGCACCUGAACUAUACCAUUCCACCUCGGCUAUAUAUCAGUCACGCCUCACUCCACCACACACGCCCAUAUCUCAACCUAUUUGUACACUACACCCCAAACUGAAAUUUUCAUAGCAAUCACGGAGCUCUGCUGUCUCUCAGACAUCAAUUUUUUAUUGUGCAUCUAUAAGCCAUGAGAGCAGAGAUUCAGCCCUUGCACAAAUAUUGUUUUCUUUCUGCAUGUAAAAUGGACAGUGUCUUUGUUUAGUGUGAUGUGUUUUGUGUGUGUAAGGAAGUGUAACUGCCAGUUUUGGUGCUUAAAACAGCCUUUCUUCAGUAGAUGAGUUUUGCAUUGCAGGAGUAAGUGUCCCGCAGGCAAUACAGUACCUGCUGCCAUCAAUUAUGUAGCUGCUCUUGUCCUGUUAUGGAAAAAGGAACAGGAGGAGGCUGAGGAGAGAGUUUCUCCAGCAGCUCUUUUGUGCAGAUUUAACUCAUUCAUAUUUAAGAGAGGUAUAUAGCAAGGAUACAGUAAGUGAAGGGUUCUUACUGACAUCUCGUCCUCUCAUCUGUGUCUCCAUUCUGUCUGCCAGCAGUAAACAAAGGGAGGAAUAACAAUAGAUGUUAUUUUAAUGAUUAACUUGUAUGAGUAUUUCACAUUCUUUUUGUUCAUUGGUUUAUUGGACAUUGAAGUAUUUUGUCAACUUUAUUUACAGAUAAAACUAACAGCUCUGAUAACCCUUUAACAUACCAGCCAUGUACUAUGAUAUAGGUACCAUUAACCGUUAUUAGGACUGGGCAAUUUGGCAAAAAAAAAAAAAAAAGAUAUAUUUUGGCAUAUUGUCCAAUCUCGAUUAUUAACACGUUUUUUUUUAACUGCCAGUUUUAAAGCAGCUGUACUAAAAACUAAAGAAACUAGAGAUUAGUUCAACAUUUUUUAACAUACAAAGUAAAUAUAGAAGCAAAUUGAAUAAGAUAAACAUAGAAAAAUAUAAAAACCAUUUUAACUCAACAGUACAACAAAUGGAGAUAAAUAAUGAUUAAUAAUUCAGUGAACUAGUUUACAGUGCUGAGUGUUUCUGCAGGUAUGCAGAACCCAAAAUAACAGAUCGCCCCCUCAGGGAUUAUGAAGACGCCUUGAAAUGUAAACAUUAAAUGAUGUAAACGUAGGUGAUAAGAUUAGUAGCUGCUCUGGUCUGGUGGCUGCACUGCUAGUUGUAGCUAAACUGCUAAUGCUACUAGUGCCAUCAGCAGUGACAGGCUGUACAGACUCCGCUCACAUUUUCAUGCUUUCCGCAUAAUCACUGGGGAAGUACCUCUUCAAAUGAUUUAACAGAUUUGUUGUGUUGCCGGUUUUUGAGCGCACCGAUCGCCGACAUACCUUACACAUCGGCUUAAUUGUUCAACUUUACUUUGGAGAAAGCUCUACAUUCUGUCAUUCUGUUUACUUAUCCUGUUUACUUCUCUGACAACUUACAGAAGUGAGCAGGAAAAGAUCGACUCUGAUUGGCUGUUGUGACGCACACUUCUGCUAUGUUUGAUCGAGUAAAUAUGCUCACAGCUGAUCAGCGUGAUUGAACUGAAAUUUAUCACGAUCAUAAAAUCGCCCAGCCCUUAUCGUUACCAUUUCAAAGCCACACACUUACCAUUCUUAUUUAAGGUAACUGUCAGUCAAUAAAUAGCCAUGGAAACUUUUUGAAUUUAACAAAGUCAGCUUUUCAAAAUACUUGGCUAGCUUAGAACUUCAACAGCGCUACCUUACUUAGUUUUUGGCAUCUUUGAAUCUCUUUUCAAAUUGGUUAACUCAAGUGUUGGUGGCUGUGAUUGCUUACAAGACUCAAGCAAAUAUUUAAGCGUUUUUAUUUAAGUUUGUCUUAUUUUGAAGAAGUUAUGUGGUCUUUCAAAAUGGUCUACUCUCAACGUUAGCUAGCUAGCUUACAUAUGUAUUUUACGACAACUUUAAUGUUAAUUUAAGUUAGUUUUAAGAUGGCCUUGGAUACACUGUGUUUGUUUUCUUAACUGUGUCUGCUUUUUGAAGCCAGAAAACAUCACACACAUUUUUGACUUUCUCUGUCUUAUAUCCUUAACAGGUAGUGGAACACUGGUCGUUCUUGCUGAGCAGCGCAGUCAUGGGCAGGCCAGGGGGGUUGGCCAGGCCACCUCUGGUGUCAGCUAUGGCACUUUCCCUCCUGGCUCUCUCUCUCCUCUCCAGCGGAGUUUCCAGCCUCCCUCAGCCUCAGCCAAGAGUCUUCCUUUCCUUUGAGGGUAAGAAAAAAGCCUGCUCCCUGAAAUGAAUCUACACGGUCAACUUGGCUCUUUUCCCGUUGUUGUGUGUCUCUGGAGUUGUAAUGAGGAUGCAGCGAUACCAUGUGUGCAGGGCAGUAAUGCUAAACAAAUGCUUAAUAAUGAAGGCAGGCCGUGUGGGAGCACCAUUAUGGAGUAGUACGCAGCUAAGCAAACUCUGCAGUUAUUUGGAAAACAGCUGUUUUCUUUGGUCGGAUAAAAAUCAAAAGUGAGUAUGGCUGGAAACAUUUAAAUCACACACACCUCAGGCCUUCUUGCUCAGGUUUGGGGAGACCCCUCAUCCAUUCUUUGUCCUAAUGUGUGUCAGCAAAAAGUCAGCGCUCUGCAGGAGGGGGCACAGCUUGUAAGAACUCCUCUGAAUCUGGUCCUUGUUAAACUUUAAUCACACCCCACCAUGCUGCGGACCUCUGGGCAUUGUUGCUGCCUCUCGUUUUGAUCCCCCUUGUCUCAUUUCAUUUCUUUGACAUAGAUUGUUUUUAUGAAUCUUUGAUGCCCCCCCCAUGAAACGAGAGUGUGGCGCGGGUCGGUGGAUGAGCUGGCCGAUCGCCCCCAAAACCAUGUCCAGGAGUGGUGCAGUAAUAUGUUCCGCGGUGGCCAGAUAGCUUGCAGUGGUUGAAGGAGAUGUUUGAUCACCUUUCACUAGCUCUUGCAGCUGAGGCUGUCUGUCAGUAAGGUAUCUGCAGCGAGUUAAUAAAGUCUUUUAAUACGGGCUAAAGCAGGUGAAGUUCAAGUGUUUUCCCUUCAGAUUUGCGUCGCUGUGCCAAGUCUUUCCCCAAUUUGGUCUCAUUCUUUCCCCGUAGGAUCAUUAUUAUUUCAUCUGUCUUUCCUUUCCUUUCCUUUGUACUUUCCUUUUCCAGUGAUUGUCCAACUCGUCAUAACAAAACCAACCUGCAGUCUGUUCCUGUAUAAACUGUAGACUUCAUUCUCAUUGCUGCAGACAAAUUAGGGAGAAAAAAACUUCAUCUCCACAUUUAUAUGUUCAGUUUUGAUAACUUAAAUCAUUCCACUCACUCAUUUCUGGCUCCUCCAGUGUUUCCAAAUAGCCAGCUUAAAAGGUCAGAGGUCAGCGUGCUGAAAAUGAGCCAUUCUCUGUAAUCCUGAAACCCACAAUUUCCAUUCAGAGUCCGGAUUAGAUCUGAUAUGUAGUCGCUGCAGUGAGGACCAUAAAAGGAGACGUUUGAAGCUACAGUGCACCUAUUCUUUACCAGACAAUAGAUGUGAUUUCCAUCUGGGAUAUGAACAGUAUGGGUGUGUUUCACCAGUGGUUAAUUCAUGAAGAAACAGACUAGGCAUGGGCUGGUAUCAUAAAAAAUAUAACAAUUUUACCGUAGCGUGGUAGUAUAACUAUUUCAAAAUGUGUUAUUUCAGAGAAUUCUAUCGGGCAUCACUAUGAACAUUAUACAGAAUAAUCUCAAAUGAGUAAGCACAUCGAAUAUUAAAGUAAUACUUUCCCGCAAUACUGAAAAGAUAAAGAUUGAAGGUAAAAUUUUACCCUUUCAACAAUCCUCUUGUUCCUUGGAUGCCAAAUUUUUUAACAGGACUGUCGCAAAAUAGCAGUAUAGACAAUAACUGUCAUGAAUAAAUAAAAGUACUGUGGGGAAGAGCUAACUGUAACGAAAUUUAUACUUCUACUUUAGAAAAGUUUGUUAAAGUUCAAAAUCGUGAAGGUAGACGCAGGUUAUAAUUCUCUUGGUUGUAGUAAAGAAUUUUGAGUAUCAGCUGUUUGGCUGCAAGUUUCAGGCUUGUUUCCCCCACAAGCACUUGAAAUCAAGAGGAAUUCAGGGAGUUUGGGCUCCAUCCAAAGCAGCGAUAAAGAUGAAUGGAGAGUCAUGGACGAAGACUGGAAAAGUGGUGUCCUGGAGGGGAAGAAGGAGCAGGUGGUUUGGCACCUGCUGGGUGGCCUAAAGGUUAGCCCUGAAGUCUGGCUCGUUCUUCUCCCAGAUGUGAAGACCUGUUAAUGAUCACAAGCUGGAAUGAACUAACCCAAGAAAAUAAACCGAUGAGCUAAACGCUCAAGUUGGAAAGAGAUCUCUAAGAUCCGACUCCCCCCACUCCUCCUUUUUCUCUUCAUAUCACUGCUGAAAUCCAAUCCAGGGGUAAGGCAGGUUCACGGGACUCUCGGCGCAGCCUCGCGUCCUGCAGAGAAGUUGCUGUCUCUGACAUUCCUGUCUCUCCCUCGCUCUGCUUACUCUUGUGCUCCUCAGGCGAACACAGCCAGACCACAAUUAAAACCGCAUAAUAAACAGUGAGAAUGCUGCUAACCCAAAUAAUAAACUUUCAAGUGGUGCCUUUCUCUUCCGUGGCUCGGAUAAUGAACUGCAGGCCCCCUUCUGUACAGCAAAACUAUUUUGAGAUCCCCGCUGUGAUAAGGUAUGAUUACCUCUGUAUGUAUGCUGGAAAUAUCUCUCACCUCAACAUUAACUUGGUGUCAGAAUGAGGGUUGAAUGCUAAUAAGAAGGAAUGAGUUUGUGCAUAGAGAGGUUUGAACCCGCACGUCUGCAGCAGAGACUUUGUCAACCUUUUCUGUGGGAGCUGAGUUUCAGCCCCCACAGGUCUGGCACCCCUGGUUAGAUUUGGUGACAAGGACGGCAAAGCUUCUUAAAAUGUAAAAUCGAUUGUCCAACUUGUGUGCCUUAACGAAAUGUGUUGUUUCACGUGAAUUUGAUAGAACACCGCCACCUCUCAAACAAACCAAACCUUCGUAGCCGCUCGGUGACUGUAUUGAUGUAAUGCUCACUCAGGCUAAAGCUGAUGUACUUUAAUUGCGAUGGUGUGAGCUAGUGCUAACUCGGCUUGAGCUAGCAUAAACAUAGUACAGUUGCUGAGUACUCAUAAACUAGUUUGCCAGCAAUUGCUAAAGUUAAGCGAACAAAGCAUCACUGUUGCUCCACAGGGUCGAGUGCUGUGGAGUUUUUGACAGGUUUUUAUUUACUUCAGGGUGUUCAGUUUGGGGCUAGAUAAGAGACGUGACUUCAGGGUAGACUGAUAGCUGUUAGACUUAUUAUUCUCAGUCUGCCUUGGUUGUUGAGUUACUAUUCUGGAUGUUAAUCCUACCAGAACAGUUUAAAUCUGAAUAUUACGCCAGAUUCUAACAAUAAGACUAAAGAUAACGAUGAUACCAGCCAAGGUGAUUCGACAUAUCAAACACUAAUAAGAUAAGAUGGAACAGGCUGACACAGUAAUGAUGCUGUAAUAUUAUGGCUUAGAGAAUCUCUGACACUGAGAAUAAAUUGUGUAUUUUACUGUGACUUUUCUCUGUGGAAGUUGUGAACAACAGUCUUUUCUGUCUAAAAUGUAAACCUUUGCCAAACACUAGCAGGGACAGUGGUUAAAGACAGUAAGCUAACUAUGACAAAACACUAGUUUCCUGGUGGUUUUAAUUACCUAUCAGCAUUAAUUAAUUAAUUACGAGCCGAUAACUUUGAAAAUAUGUGUUGCAUAAAUACUACCUAUUUGAUAUAACACACUGCUCCUGAAUUGUAUACACUUGUGGGCUUUCAAUUGGAAGACGAGUACUUUAUUGCUUAGAAACACAGCAUAUGGAAUAUGAAUCUUAUUGCUACUGCUACUGUAUCCUGUUUUGCUCUUACUGUUGCCAAAUUUCUGUUCCAGCAAUGGCAGGAUCAGAAAUUCAGCCUCAUUUAUCCCUCGAGCUGGCUGUCAGAGCAGCGGUCUGUGUUUAUGAUCUGGAUCAUUUAACUUCAUCAGCGGACAAACUGUUCUGGCAAAACCCCAUCACACAACACUGUAUUAAUUUAAGUAUAUGAAUAUAUGAACGCCAACCAUGAAAGAUGUUUAUUUUGAAGUCAGACGGUCCGUGCGUGGUUUUGAGAGGAGGACGUAGAUUUGGCACAUAUGUCUGGCUGAGGGCCGAGCUGUGAAGAGAUUGAUUAAGAUGACGUCUGAGGCUUAAUGAGCACUCUCUCACGCUGGUAUGAGCCACAUGGUUUGCGUUCACAACCAAGGGUUGGGAUCCAAGAAGCAGGGUACACCAGACCCCUUCAUUCUUUUAUCAUGCCUCAUUAAUACCCCCCACUCGUCCCCCAUCAUUCACACAGCAAUGAUACUGUACUUACACUGCAGGUGGACGCCAGUCUGUUGAGGAUGUUUACUCAAUGGUGAGGGUUUGCUGAGGGGUACGUGUAUCACUGUCAGAGAAAGAGUGUGUUUGUCUGCCCUAAGUGCCCUGUGGUGCAUUCCUUCCUAAACUUGAUUGCAUUUCGAGGCUACACUUUCUGCUCUUUCAUUGUUAAAACUAUGUGGUUUUCUUGCUUGGCAAGUAAGGACAUAAAAUCUUCAAGCUUGCUUGUGCAGCUCAGGAAGCCCAUAAACUGAACAAUUUCAAGAUUCCCAUCAAUCUAAACAGUCGUACAUUUUCUGGAUUCCUUUGGAGGAAUAUCCACUGGGGCAGUCCUGGACAAAUUUACAUUUAUCCCUUGUAAUAUCUCAGAUUAAACCCUUAAGAUUAACAGGGUCAAAGAAUUCGCCAUUGGUUUAAAGUUUAAGCUUUCAUAAGGAUUUUUCACUUAGCCCAGUGAGACGCUUAUAAGUUGGGUCUUCUUUAGAGGCCACCUUGAGGUCAAAAUGUCAACAAUUAACCCAGAGGGAGGCCAGGAUGUCAGUGUCUGUGCCUUAAGGUUAAUUCCUUUCUAAUAUGAGACAUCGUCUUGUCUCUGUUUUGCAUCAAACCUGCACAUUAGCCUCUAAACUUUACAGUGGUAAACAUAAUCAGGCAUGUUAAAGCACAAUCAGCGACGCUCCGUGAUUAUGGAGAGUUAUUUACAGGGUAAAGUACAGGCCUGUCAGAACUGUCAACAAGGGCAUACAGAGGCAGGCUGCAAAUAGCAAUUGGUUAGCAAAGCAUGCGUGUGUGUGUGCUGUCCAAGCACUCAUGGUAAGAGGAGAGCUAUUCUUUGUGCAUUCGUGCGUUUUCCCUAGACUGAUGUCUUAAGAUGUCCAUCUAAUUGCCUGAGUUGCAGCGCCAGUUCAGUUUCCGUUAGCGGGUCGCUCCAGCUCCAGCCUGCACUGCCUCAGGGCUUACAGCAUUUGAGAUGUUUGACUGCUCCUCUUUCAGUCUGCCUCUUUGCGCCUGUCCAUCUGUGUGAAGCCAUUCCUGCGUCUGACCUUGCUAGCUCUGAUGAAUGUUUUAGUAUUCCCUCUGCGCAACAUGUUGAAAGGUAAUCAAUGGCCAUUAAUAUAAACAAAGGUGGUGUCUCUUUAGGGAUUGCCAAGGUCAGCUGGAAAAUCCUUGGGUUUAGGGUUGGGGUUAUAACAAAUCAAUAACUAAUGUUUACAAAAUGAUAAAUACAAGUUUUGGUAUGCUUCUCCGUGUAACCGCAUAUUUUGGCAGGGGGCAGUUUUUUUAAUUACCCAAUGUCUACUCUAUGGUUGGAGCUCUCCGAAGUAUUUCAGGAAGAGAUGCACAAUUAGGGUUACAAAAUACCGGGAAUUUUCAAAGUUGGAAACUUUCCAUGGGAAUUAAUGGGAAUUAACGAGAAUAAAUCUGGUAUAAGGUUGACCCUCAACAGGGAAUUUAAAUGUAGUUGGGGAAAAUAUAUUGUAGCGUAAUCUUGACCUAAACAACCAGAUUUAAUGCAAGUGCCCUCCUCAAUCACAAAGACAUUUGAGCCCACAGACUGUAUAAAGUCAAGUAAGUUUUGAUAAUAUUAUGGGGUAAAUAUAUUUGAUCUAUAAUAGUAUUAAUAUUUAACUUGAAAAUGGAUGCUAAAUGUAAACUAUUUUUCAGUUCAUUGACCAUUUAAGGGGCUAGCUUAUUAUGGUGGUGGUGGCUACCUCAAAUGUGAUGCUGUCUCUUCUGACUCCUUCUGAAACCAUAUAAUAAUUUAUAAAUCAGUUGUCAAAUAUUUAAGACCACUCCAGUUGUUUAACCAACUACAUUUCUUUUCAUGCCAUUGCAUUAGUGUUUUACAAGAGUUUUUGUUAUCUUAUUGUACAGUUUCCAAUUUGGAAUAUUUCCAAAAUUCCCAGGCUUAACUACCCAUGGAAAGUUUCUGGAAAUUUGCCAGAAAUUUACCAGAAAUUUUCUGCCCCUUUGCAACCCUAUAAACAAUAAAUAUCUUUACAAUAAAUUGUUAUUUUUUGUUCAAUAUUUCAAUAAUCAGAUUCCAUCUUAUGAAAACAUCAGUAAGUUUUGUGUUUGUCUUCUUGUUAACAAGCCUUCACACUCAAAAACUGUAGAUGGCAGUAUGUGGCCCGCCAAUAAUUACAAGGCAGCGCAAUUAGUGCAGCCAAGCAAGCUGGCAAAAGCAUCGAUGAGGAUUAGCCGUGCUGAUGUUUCACACUCUUCAGCUGUGGAGAAUUCAGUCGCAAAAUGCAAAAAUGUCAAGACUGGAAAAAGUCAAAUCAUGCAUUCUUAGUGUCAAUAGCAGAGGAGGUUUUCACUUUCUCUUGAAACAGCUUGAACUGAAAUUUUAAGCCCCUUGAUCAAAAUUGAGUAGAAAACAAGCUCAUCCGUAGACAGCUGCAAAAGUUUCAGUGGUGCAUCUGCCUUUGUGAGCCUUCACUCAGCACCACAGAGACAUAAAAAUUAUGUAGCAUACAGUUUCAGCCUUGAAGAUGUCAGAGAUGAGUCCCACCUGCUUAGGCCUUUUUUCGUUUUUCUUUUGGCCAUCCUCCAUCUCCAGUAAACACAUCAACUCUGGGAGUCCACUGACCCGAAUCUCCUGCGAGCCUCCCCUUGCCGUAAGAGUCUCUACGAGAGCCUCCCUGACAGUGAAACACAGAGAUUUACAGUCCACUUGGGAUGAGCAGUAACUAGAGGCUCCUGGUGUUGGCAGGUGAGAGGUCACGGCUAAGAUGUCAAGUAGGGGUUGAUUCUAAGCAAAAGAGCGGCUGCUGGUGACAUGUGAAGGGGAGGCCAGGUGCUAAUUGGAGCUUUGGGAACACAAACUAGCCGGCCGCAUGAUGGACAGGUUGUCAUCUUGAGUUUCGACUCCUACAGGGAAUAUUAGCCAACACCUUAGCAGGUCAACCGUGCAAUGAAACCAGAGGUUGACAUUGGUGCUGGAUAACAUCACUCUGCACAAACACAGGCACGCAACGCCAAGGGAGAAAAUACACUCUGCGCUCACAUGUCAUAUUUAGAUGCUGCGUCUGCUUUGGGAAGCCAGAGUGAGAGAAGGCAUGUGUAGGAGCUCAGGCAUUCAGCCCAGCCAUAUGAUUCCCAUUACAGAUGUCUGGAUAUAGAUGAUCGGCGACAGACAACAAUUGGAAAAUUAAUGAGACACAGUCAAUAUGAAGCCUCCCCUCUGUGAGCCAGCUCUGGCCUCUUUCCAUGACAAGUAGUUUCAGUACAGUAAGUCUGCCGAUGCUGUUUGCACUUUGAGAACUGCCUGGGAAUGUUGGGUAUGUCUGUUGGACAGACAAUCGGACGACUCUGUCAACCAGGCAAGACCUCCUGGGUGGUCCCCACGCACUAAAUGACACCUUAGCUUCCCCUCUGACAUUUGUAUACACUACCAGUCAUUACUGUAUACCAUCAGGAUAGUCCCUUGAGGAAAGCGGUUGGCCGGACCAUUCGCCAACAGCCAUUACUUAUCUCUGGAGGGGCCUGUCAGUUGCCGGGAUAAAGUCUUUUCCUGGGGUAGCAUGUGUUAGGUAAGUGCAACCAUCCAGAACUGAACCUGAAGAGCUCUUAGCAUCAUCCGGACAAAGACCAAUGGUAUUUGGCACCGGGUUUGAAGUCAAGCCUCCAUGAUGAAACCCACUCCAUCUUGCAAGGAGAGAUUAAUUGCAAGGGGGCGGUAUAAGCCCCUGCUUCAAUAUUUAUCAAGGCGGGUGAUUGGGGUCCUCCCACUGGCUGCCCCUAACAACCGCGGGACAGGUUCUCCUUGAACUGAAUGGCAAGCAAGCCUCAUUAGCAUGGAGUUUAUUUAUUCAUGCUUGCCUUUCAGGUACAAAACCAAUUGAUGAGAGCUGAUUUUCAUUGGAGACACCAAGGCUGGUUUUUAAUCAGCCCCAUGUCCAACCCUGAAGUGUUAAUUAGCUGCAGGGACCAUUUGGUUUAUGUUCAGACACUGGUGUUAAUGAAAAAACUCAACACUCCAAACAUCCCGUCAAUUUGAUCAAAGCUGUUCCUCCCUCCUCCACAAGGGUUCAGCUAUGUUCUGACAAAAUUAUCCCAUAUUGUUGCUUCACGCUGAUUUUAUUGCCUUUUCAUGUCGAUGGAGAAGUCUCGGCUGAUGGAUUUUCACGAGGUGACUCCUUCAUUUGGCGGACAGCAGGGGGAAUGUCAUUAACAACAGCUGUGCUUUUCAGUCUUAACCACAGUUCUCUCCUCGCUCUUCUCUUCAAAAAAAAACAUCUUUCAUCUCAUGUAGCUAUCUCCUGACAAACCGGGCGAAAAAGCAUGAGAUGUUGAUGUGACACCAACUCAGACGCUUGGCACAGAAUCCUCAAACCUCGGUCACGGGCGGUCCAAAACUACAGUUGCCUCUCUCAUGAAGAUCCCACAUAUUUUCCAGCCACUGCGCAUCUCUAAUUUUUACACUGUAGCACGACAACAAACCACUCCUUGUACAGCACUCCAAAGAAGAACUAUGGGAUCGUUGUUUACUGCGAGAAGCAUCACUGUUGGACUAUGAUAUUCGAUCAGUCAGACAAUUUUGGUCUGGUCAGGGAAUCUUAAAAACCUGAGUGAGUCUUUCUUGUGGUUGAUGCCUUUCCUGUCCUGGUAAAACAGUAUAAUUAUGACCGAAAAGAAGCAGCUGAGACAGCGUUGCAGUGCCCUCUGCACUCUAAUUGUUGUCACACAAAUAGAGGCACAAUGAUAGGGUCCUUCCUGUUUUCCACAUUUUCUUCUGUUUCCACUUAGUUUUUGACCACAAACAGAUACGGGUAUGAUCUUUUAACUUUGUCACACUCAAAAGCUGGUCGCCUGUUGGGGUUUGUCCGUGAGAACAUUUGAUUCACCCACAGUUUAUUAGAGGCGGAUGAGACAGCCACAACAAAAAGUACCAAGUGCUGAACCAAAGGGCUGAAUGUCAACAGUGGAUUAAUCAACAUGAAACACAUGUUUAACAUUGAAUCUGGCUGUAAAAACACACCAAACUUUUUUUGUCGUUGUUCAUUUUCAUGGAAACAGAACUUCAAGGUUUUUGGGGACUUUUGAUAAACUAAAAAUCUAGAGUUUGUUUCAUUUUAUUUGAUAAAUAUUACUUGUUUGGUGCUGUUUACCCUACUGUAAGUCCAAAGUUUGUUAAUUUUUAUCCAACCAUUAUUCCAAGGUUUUUCAAAUUUAAUCCUAGCAGUGGUUUUAGGUUUUUGGUUUUUAUCCAAACUAAAAACCUUAACCCACUGUUUAUCAACCUCAACCUUAUCAAAUCUUUGCUCUUCUUCACCAAACCAGAAGUUCAAGGUUUGUCUGUUUAAACCAACUAUUCAUCCCAAGAUUCGUAGUUUUUAUCCUAAUAAUACAACGAGUGUUGUUGGUUUUAAUCAGAGAUUUUUUGUUACUGUUGUUGUUGGUGUUUAUUUAAAUCAAAUGUCUAAUGGUUGUCAGUUUUUAACCAACAAAUCAUCUUAGGUUUGUUGGUUUUUAUCCAAUCAGUGGGGCAAGUGUCUUUUCCUUCCCCUCUCCAAGUGUUAGAUCCAGCAAUGGCCAAAAAUUUCCCAAAAUAUAACUUAUAUGUAUAUAUAAAAGCACAUAUUAACUUCAUGUACCCCUCUUUUAAACAUAAGUGUAAACAGGGUGGGAAAACGGCAUUUGGAUAGUUCUGGUAGUGUGGUAGUGUAUAGGGUGACCAUAUGUCCUCUUUUCCCCAGACAUGUCCUCUUUUUGGGGGGCUGUCCGGCUUUGUCCGGGGAAGUUUAUAAAAUACUUCAUAUGUCCGCAGUUUUGUACCAAGUUCCGAGUUUGUAUCACGUGGACUUACUGAGUUAGAAGGGUGUAAAAGACACUCGAUCUGACUCGAAAAACUCUCAGUCGUGUCCUCUUUUUGGGAGGUCAGACUGUGGUCACCUUAGUAGUGUAGCAAAUCAGUUCCUGUGUUUUUAGUUUGUGGCUGGUUCGAAAGAAGUCUUAACCGCAGAGUAAAUCAAAGUCCUGCAUCAUCUUCUUUUCAUUCCACUCACGACCCAAAUGUAUCUCUAACAUUGCAGUACCACCCCACUUUCAAUUAUGAAUUACUCUUAAAUAAAUUAAAUUCUUUUAUCAAUCAGCUCCUUUACCCUUUAUCCCCGACAGCCCAUCCUCCAACAUGAAGAGCCUGCUUUAGGCUCAUACAGUCUCUCCCGCAGCAAAGAAAGCGACCUGCUUUUUAAUAUUGAAUGACCCCUGGACUAACAAAAGGCUUUUGUACUGCUUCCGCUUGACCACUUUCGACAAAAAAAAACCCACAUCAAAGACAGAGAAAGUCUCAGCUCUCCAGUCACCACUUUGCCUCUUCCGCCACUUCUAACCCCACUGCCCGCUGCACGGAUCAGGGUAAAUUGAAUCAACACCGGUCUGCCAUCCAGCCGACGGGGCACUAUGGGUCAAAGCUCAAAGUCAAAGGCAGGACACUGGGGACUGCUGUGAAGUCCGCAGGGAGCUGUAAGGCCCACCUGCUCACAUACAUAAUAGAAAACCCACCAACUGUCGGUGUUCAAAAUCUGCUUUCUCUGUCUUUUUUCAGUUUCUUUUCCUUUGCCGCCUGCGGUGAGGAGAGCAGGAAGAAAAACAAGACAACACAGAGAGAUACUUCAUCACCCGCAUUACUUCAGCUUUGAACAACCCUACUAUUAAAAUGUGUGGUCUUCACCUUGGCAUCUUUGAUUACAGCUGUUGAUCAUCUUCAAAUCUAGACAACAAAUCACAUCCCAAAAGAGCAACACCCUCCAUGACAAGCUGCUUAACAAUGCCUGAGCAAUGAUGUCCGCGAGCAGUCGAUGCUCUACCCUGUUGGGAAGUCGUGUGAUCUCAACAACAAGGAAUGCGUAUAAAGUCGGCCCAACAAACGAACCACAUGUGGUCUCGAGAAUUCCUACUUCACAAACACACACAAAAGAAUAGGUUUUGUUUGCUUUCUGUCUCUCCUGAUGUCUAAGUUUGAUCAUUUUUGAUAAACAGUGAGGUUUAGUGACUAAAAAGUUGACAAGGUGCCACUGAGGGAAUAAAUUUGUAAUCCCCGCUUACAACAUCAGUCAUCAGAGACCUCAUACGAAGGUUAUGAGCUGGCAAUGAUUUUAUAAACACUCAGUCCAAGUGCACUUGAAACAACUAUUAAAAACAUUGACAGUUGUCCGGAUCAGCCCCUCUCCCUGAUUGAGCAGGUGCACCAUCUGGCAAUGUGAACUUUUGAUGUUGGUCCACAAUGCCGCAGCAGUGCAGGCAUGACUCACUUGUUUGUAAGAGAUUGAAAGCAGAGCUCGGAGAAGACACCAGAGCCAGUGGUAUUUGGACUCCAGAGGGUUUUGGUUUGUCGUUCAGGGGAAGGAGCGUGAUCUAUAUGACGCACCGCCGCAGCUAAGCAUCAGGUUCAACUAGCCUUCCACCCUCAAAUCGAAAUCCCCUUUUUCCCCCCACUGACAGAAACAAUACAGAGUUCACCAAAGUGUCACUCAGUUAUUUCACCCCACACCACACCCCUCUGAACAACGUGUUCCCUAUGUGGAAUGAUGUGGAGGGAUGUCGUCAGAGGUAGAGCCAAAAAGACACAAGUGUACCGUAACUGUCCGAAUCAAUUAACAGUAAGGCGGGGGUUAAAAUACAAAGAGUGUCUCUUUUUUUUCCUCUGAGUGCAAAUUGAGUUAACAUAUUUUUGAAAUAUAGCAUUUUAAAUACAUCUAAUCUUUAAAUUAAGCCCUGUUCUUGAGGUAAGGUCAGCACGAAGUCAAAGUCUGUAUGGGGACUAAAUAAUCCCACUAGUAUUUCCAAAGCCAAAAGAACAUUCAGUAUGUCUCCAAUAAGAGCACAGGUUUGUAACUAUAUAAUAUAGGGUGGCCAUACGUCCUCAUUUACGCGGACAUGUCCUCUUUGUCUUUGUCCAGGGAAGUUUAUAAAAUCCUUCAAAUGUCCACGGUUUUGUACAGUUUGUGUAGUUUGUGUCACAUGGACUUACUGAGUUAGAAGCACAUAAAAAACACUCGAUCCGACCCGAAAAACUCUCAAAAUUAACUUUAUGUGCCUCCAUGACUCCGCCCCCAUGUAGUCAUGUCCUCUUUUUGGGAAGUCAGAAUAUGGUCACCCUAUAGAAUAAUUGAUUGGAUAACAUUGGAGUUACAUUUCAAAAUGUCAUAGUAAGAAAAAAAUGAUAUACUUUGGGCAAUUGCCUAUUUUGACAUUAGCUCGAUCAUAUCAAAACAGUGGCGUUGAAACUAUAAAGAUUCUGUCAUAGUUGACUAUUUCAUCACUAACCCUGCUCCUUAAACAUUUCACCCCAUUUACAGCCAAACCCAAUGUAGCUUUGAAAAUGUUAUAGCGAGCAGUAACAAAUCUCACCUUUUUUGUCAUCUCAUGCCUUUUUUCUCACACAGCUUCUCCCCAAACAUCCUCAGCCCAUAAUUUCAUGGUUCUUUGGCUUCUGCCCGCAGACUUUAAGCUGAACCACUGAGUUAAAUCUGCCUGUAGCCAUGACUAUAGCGUAGGAUUGUAAAACUCAAAGUACUUCUCAGACCGUCUGUUUUAACAACUGUCUGAAUGAUUUAGCUGGUACCUUUUAAGGGCAGCUCUUAAAAUUCAGGUAGUGGUCUGAGAGGUUUUCCUGAAUCACCUCCACAAGUUUAAAUUGGGAGGAUAUUCAAAAUUAAUCUUCCCGGGGCAGAGUUUGGAGCAUGGCAUGCUUUUAAUUAGCUGUAAGAGUCCGUCUCCCUUGGUGGCUCACACUUCGGCAGAGAAGGGAGUGUAACAUCUUAAGCCUUUUCGUUUGGGAAAAUAUUGCCUCUCCACUGAGCUCUCUCUGAUGCUAUCUGCCAUCUCCUCAGCUUUGAAGCAUGAGGCUGAUGCAAUCUCUUCUUUUCAAGGUCCCUCUUUAUUAAAGACACAUCUGCUCGACAGGUAGUUUUCGCUUUUAAUUUUCUCUCUAACAUGCCAGGUAAAACACAAAGUCGCAUCGGGUGCCACAUGAUGCUCUCACCCUGCACAAAAUGUUCAAAAAUAUCCUGUCCUAAUUUCAAGACGUUAACCAUCUGAGGAGAUUUAACAAAGAGGAGUCGUGGGAAACUAGCCUGUGACUAAAGUGGUUAACUUGUCUUUAUUUGAAGUUAAACACUCCAGCCUUUUUCGACGAACACGCUGAACAACAGCCUGUGAUCAGAGUGAGGGCUGCCACAGAAAAGCCACUUUCCCCCUGAGAUAAAAGGCCCUAGACUCAAAAGCGUACGCCACACAAUAAUCAAAAUGUGACUUUAGCCCAAGGCAUUGAAGCGAAGCACUGGCAACCUGUUUGUUGAUUAGAGGAGCAAGCACAAAGGGAGCUCAAAGAGGGUCAGCAGAGGGGAGGAAAUGGAGGCUGUAGAUCUACAUUACCCCCACACACCCCCUGCUCUCAGCGCAGAUUGAAAAAGUGAUAAAUAUGCAUGAGUUUGGCUUUAAUAGUGAGGGCCUUUGAUGGUAUGGUUGAGAGUUCUCUAUCUCUGGAGCAAAUAGGCUGAAAAUAACUAUCUGAGAAUGUUUACUUGGUGUGUGCGAACAAUGUGCACUCUUAAUGAGUAGAGGAAACUUUGCAGGCGGACUUUUACAUCGAGUGUGUACUGUAGCUCCUCUGAAAAUACACUGCCAAGUCAUUACUGUAUAGAAAUUCAGUACACAGAGAGUCAGCCAGAAAACUGAAGCCACGAUGUGGGGACCUCAUUAAGAGUUCAUUAGGUUUUUUGGCUAUGAAUUGCAGUUUGAGCCAAAUGACAUACAUAAAAGUGAUCAAUUUAACUGCAGUGAUUGUCCGACAAAUGCUAAAUCUUAAGUAUUAACAUCUUUAUGGCAUCUUUUUAUUUAUUCAUCUAUUUUUUAUUUUAACCCAAAUUUUCUAACUUUGACUAAAACUUAAAAAUAUGUGGACAGUUUUGCAUUAUCGAAACUUUUUGAGAUUUAGGGCCUAUUUCCACCGACAGCAUUUGCCUAAGCCAGUAGCCCCUCUUUUCAAUGCCAAGUAGUUAAGCUAUUUUAAGUAUCAAGCACAAGGGGGAUAAUUAAUCUGCUAUGUGAUUGCAGACGACAUCUCGCUAAUACUCGCUAAAAGGACUCUUUAAAUUACGGUCAAUUAAAUUAAAUUAAGGUCAUAGGUACUGUCAGCGCAAUAAAGCUGUUAGUGGACACAGGCCCUUGACAUUUUUGUGUUUUUCUUUUUACAUUACUAGCUUUAAAUCAACCUGGUAAUCAAUUAAUAAUUAUGUCCGUUCUUUUGAAAAAUCAAAGUUAUUGGUGAUUAAUCCCCCAAAAUGUACAAAAUGUGUUUAAUUUGAUUUCAAAUAGUAAGUUAAAAUCAGGUUUAACACACCAAAAUUGACAGAAUUUGACAAACCGUGUUGUCUUUUAUAGGUAUUAGAAAUUGAAAAUGAUUUUGUUCCUUUUGCUAAUGUUAAUGUUACUACUAUUUAUUUGCCCAAUUAACUUGAAAUACACAUAACACAGGGGAGGGACGGGGAUUUUGUUUCACAAACAGAAUAUUUGUUGUUGGGUGUCAUUGGAAAUUUCACAAAAGUGAAGUCAGCAUGAUACAACACCACAACAAAAUCAGAUUUUUAUCUCGCAUAAGAAAGGUGUAAAAUCAAAGUAGCUCUACUAAAACUUUGUUUGAAAAAGACCAUAAAGUUGUUGGUCAGAGUUUUCCUUUUGAAAUGAGCUCAUGCAUAUAAACCCAAUCAACAGUUGUUGUAAAAUGAGAUCACGUUGGACUUGUUUCUCUUGAGUCUAAUUUUAACAGACACUUUAUCUAAUCUCUGGAUUUAAACACUCUCAUGUGUUUUUUCUCUUUGUGUUCCCCAGACCUUCAGGCCUCCCAGUCCUUUGAGCACUACAGCAUAUCAGACAAGCCAAUGGACUACAGGAUCCUGCACAUGGAUGAGGACCAGGACAGGAUGUAUGUGGGCUGCAAGGACCACGUCCUCUCAGUGGACAUCAACAACAUCACCCAUGGCACACUAAAGGUCUGCAGAUGCUUAUCAUUAGGGUCUGUUAUUCAUAUUUUGUCCUUAUGCAAAAUGUGCAUCUGUUUUUCACCAGCUGCAUAGGAGGGAAAUAAACGCCAUGUAAGGCACAUAAAACUGCGAGAGAGCUAUUUAUUCUAAUCAGUGCAAUGAUAUGCAAAUUACCACACAUUUGCAGCCAUCAGUACAAUUUAAGGGUUAUUCAAAAGUGGCAUAAAAAUGCUGGAGCACUCUGAAAACGGAUUCCGCAUGCAGUGAAGGAGUUAUCUUCAGUGUAAUUGACAGGCAUGAAGAGCAUAAACAGAUGGGAAAGCAUUUAGGUUUCUCCAGGGAGCGCUGCGCUGAAUUCAUUUUACCCCAGUAAAUUGCUUGAUAUAUUCAUCAAACAAGACCUUCGAGCACCUCUCCUGGGUUUAAAAACGCACAUAUUUCCCUCUUACAGUAGCUCACUUUAAUUACAGACACUUUUAACCAAACUGCAACUUUUAAUGCGUUUGUUUUGGUGUUUUUUUUUCCUCUCUCAUUUUCCCUGUGAUUUCUGUCUGUGUAAACAAAAUAUGAUCAAACCUCACCGUGGGCAUAUGUUACAUCUCUCUCAAUCUGUUACUUGCUUUCUGGGCUGAUUUCCCAUUUAUCUAAACACCUUCAUGUGUUUAUUUUUAAUUUUUUUUGUACCAGGUGUUUUGGCCUGCUUCUACAAGCAAGAUAGAUGAAUGCCAAAUGGCAGGAAAGGACCCCACAGUAAGUAUGCUCAGUUUUUUGAAAGUUUUUGUUGUCCUCUCUGUGUUUUUCCAUCCAACAAGUUAGGGAUCGUGUCCGUUAUAGGCUAAUCCAAUAACAAAGUCACACUUUUAUCAUCUUUAAAGGCAUUGAGAGGACACUUUGUUUACAUUUGAUAUGCUGAAAGAAGUCACCUUGACAACAUUUUAUUCUCUGGAAGAGCAAGAAGAAGGCAGUUAACAUUUAAGCCACCGAAAAGGAAUACAGGGGAAACUGUAAGCAUCCAGAGAGCGCUUUGUAUUUUAUCUAAUACCACAUCUUGUCUAUUGGAAGGGCAUUCAGAGGGCACUUUGUUGACACACUAUCCGCUAUAAGGGCAACCAAACACCCUUCAUUGACAUCCAAGCCCCUGGAAGGACAUCCAGGGGGGCUUUGUUUACAUUAUAUUAACUGAAAGGGCAUUCAGGUGACAUUAUAAACACUAAAGGAGCAUCUAGAGAGCACUUCAUUGAUAACAGCCACUGGAUGGGCUUUUUAUUUGCUCCACCUGGGGAUAUCUAGAGCAUUAACAAAGUAGAGUCUGAAAUACGCCUUUAUGACAUCUGUGGUAUAAGGAGCAUCAAUAAGCAUGUCCAUAAUGUGUAUGGAUCCACUGAAAAACCACCAUGUCUAACUUUCCCUGGUCAAAAUUUGGACUCAAGGUUUUGUCAGCUGUUCCCAGAUCCGCUUCUCCAAGUGGGCUCACAGCAGAACUCUUACGUGCUACCUCCUGGGAUUUCCCGCUCCCAUCUGUGAGCCCAUAGCAAGCCAGAACCACAUGUGCAACAGGCAGCAGAUGUCUCCAGGGUCACCCUCUGGCCUGGAGUCCUCCUGGCAUCACUGCGGAAUAGAGACAAGCGUGGGCAGACUGAAGAGGGUAGAAAAACAAACAGAAUCAAAGCUCACAAAUGGGACACAGCUCAUUGACUUUGAGAUUUUAUAACCCGGCCUGAUUCUGAGCAGCACUUGUUAGAUGGAAGGAGAUUUAAUGAAGAUAUACAGUAGGACUCAGAGGACUCAUUCCUCCUCCGCUUCUGUUCUCGUCUAAUUGGGUUGUCUUGGAUAAGCACAGGCACAGGCACAGAUGCCUAUAGAUGCUGCAGUGCUGAGUACAGGGGAAUAGAGGGAGAAGUUUUUUUAAAGAAAAACCUCUGUAGAAACUUUUUUACAUCAAUUGAAACCCUAAUAUCCACAGCAUCAUGCUACGACCAGCACUUCCUGUUUGGCCUACAUUCUCCACCAUCUCUCCAUCCCCCUGACAGCAGCUGCACUAGUUGGAUUGGAGUUUCGUACAACAUGCUGUCGCAGGAAUAGAGGAGAAGCUAUUUCCGAUCCUUGGGUGAUUUGUGAUGCUCUGAGUCACAGCUCUGCCCAGUUGCAGAAUACAAUCCCACAAAUAUUUCUGCAAACCACCUCAGUCUGGAUCCACUCAUCGGCCCCAUCUUUCCCCCUUAUGUUAUCCCGUUUUCACUCGCAGGUUCCUCUUUCAAAUACUUCUUUCUUCUUCUUUCUCUCUUGUCUGUUUUUCCAAGCUUCUGUCACAUUUUCCGACUCUGGGAUUCUUUUUCGCCACAGGAUAUUUCAUUUGGUCUCUUUUCCUAUUUUGUGGGUUUCCUAAUUUUCCCACUGCCGCAGUCACCCUUCCCAUCUGUGUGGCUCCGCUCUUUCCUAUCGAAUCUGGAGCGAAAACAAGGCAGCAGAGAUCGACCACACAUUGUGUUUUGCCCAAGGGUGGCAUUGAAUGAGAAAUACAAAUGAACCAGGGUGAUUUGGACCAUUUGCCGCUUUUUCAAAACCCCAUCUAUUAAACUCAACGUGACCCACGCUCGAAAUUUCGACAGUGAAGUUGAACACUGUUUAUUUGGCACCGUAACAAAGAGAUUGUGGAAAGUGACAUAAUAUGGCUGGGUUACACUUGUAAGCAUCAGAUAUCAUGACCCUUAUUUUCUCAAACAAGUCAUGCCUUAUUAAAACGUCAUGAAUUGAUCCGUCUUUGUCGAGGUGAGCAAGAGGAACAGACCGCCUGGUGGAUAAACUCUGUUUUGAUGUGACAAUGUGAUAGAAAACAAAGUAAUCUGGCUGAUUUGUCGCUAACUCUUCAUCGUGUGCUAUUCUAAGUAGAGAGGUACAGCAAGUAGAGAUUUAAGGUACCAUACUUAAGACUUUAUUUUGCUAAUAUCUCUUUAACUUCUCCUGUACAUUUUGUCACAAAUUUUGUAAGUAGGCUCGUAUCUUCAAUGCAGUUUGUUAGCUGUUGUUAGCAUAUUGUGUCAUUAGCUUAAAAACAUUUAAGGGGAAUUUCAUUGCAGUACUGCCUGCUGCUUUCCCAACAAGACAGAUGAUCACUUAUAUCUUUCCUUUUUACUGUCUACCCUCAAAACGGACUCCUUGCUUAAAGGAAUAUUUUGGCAUAAAAUUAAUUUAGGGUCAAACACAUCAUAACACCGAUUUAGACACCCCCUCGAGAGAUGAAUGUUGCCGACCGCUUGCUUCUCUAGUUAUACCAACUUUAGUAACGACCGCACGAUAGCAAUACACCGGUCUGAGGAGCCAUAAACAAACCUCGACCAAAACGCCACUCUAUAACCACAAAUAAAGCUCAGAACAGCACCUAACUUCAUCAACAGUCCAUAUAGGGUCCCAGCCACAGCACUAUCCACCAAACAUCUUUUUAACUUUGCCUAAUUUCUUUAGCUAAGAGACUAAACACAACUCACCUACUCUCUUCCAGCAGCCGCUUGUUUGUAGCGAGACCUUUAGGCCAGUCCAUUACGGUCUGGUGCGGGGUGACACAGCUCAAGGAAGAACAUUUAUGAUCAUUACUUUAUCAUUUCCUUGAGGUAAAAAUCAUCGCAUUAAUUAUUUUGCGCUGCAGACGCAGUAGUUCUUCUGCCUUAGUUUCUUGGUCUGAUCGCAUUUUCAUGAAGAAAAGAAGAAAUUUUACGGCAGAAUAUCCUUUGAAGUGCAUUUCAUCACCUUUAUGUCUGCAUCUCAAGUGUUUUUAGUUUUGCAUCUUUAUUCAGCAUUUUUGCCUCCUGUCUUACUAACAAAAAGACUGAUUUUAACUUAAGUUGUUGUGACAUUCACCAGUAGGAAGACAACUCCUUUAAUACAGGCAUGCAAAAUUCAAAUUAUUCCCAAUUUUCUGCUUCUUUUCUGACAUCAAGACCGAUUUCAAUCUCAGUGGGUGUGACAAUAACAAAACGGAAUUCCUUGGCACCACUUUUUGGACGUUUUUACAGAAACAUUUUUAAAAUGAUGCAAUAGCAGCGAAGAUUAGCUUGCAGUGAAGAGGUGUCAGUGCAGAAAAUCGUAAUGCUGUGCUUUCUCAACUAUGAUGCAAGCAGCCAUUAGCUUUAAACAGACGGAGCGAGGAACAUUUUUCUCACCGUGGCCAGACUUUACUUCAUCCGAGAGUCAGUUUUAAGAACUUUAACUUUUUCUCUUUUACACCACAUGAAUCUGUCUCUCUAAAUAUCUGUCCUCUACUUGAACAAAGAAGAAAAGGUUUAGUGUUCCACCGCUGUAGACCGGAGACCUAAUGCGUGUCAUGAGAUAACUUGGUGUUAAAAGUUAGUGGAAAGCAAAAGAGACAGAGAAGAAGGAUAAAUUACAGAAAUGGGUGUGAUGGUAAAAAUUCUGUUGUUUUUUCAUGGCCCGCUCUCAGCGGAGCUGUGCAGUGACCGUGAUCUGCAGCAGCUGCCAUUCCUGCAGCCACAGCCAAGUUCUUGACGGCUCCCUGGAUACGUCUUCCUCUCCUCCCUGUUUCUUUUCUUCCAUUCCCUCCUCGUUCUCUGCAACCUCAAGCUUAACAAACCACAAAGUCAAGCUCUGCUGCUGUUUGGGAAGUGAAAGCAGACAUGCUGGGGGAUCGGUAUCUGCUUUACCUAGAUAUAUUACAUACAGUAUAUAGUGAUACUUUUUCCACUGGCCCUAAUACCAGACCUGUGUGCUGUGGGAUGACUAUGCAGCAAGUGAUUGUAUAACAGUCACUACGAGUGUGAUAAGUUUGAGCUACUCCCUCGGAUGGAAUAUGAACUUAAGCAGAGAUUUUAAAAAAAAUAGACCAUAUCCUCUCUUAUGUUUACAAGUGCAUUAAGUCACGUUUCACUGUGUUUUAUGUGAGAGAUGUUUUUAUUGUUUUUCCUGACCUACUGAACUUUCUGUGCGCCUCUUCUCUUCUGUUUAUCUCCAUUUCCAGCACGGCUGUGGGAACUUUAUCCGAGUGGUGCAGCCUUACAACAGAACUCAUCUGUUCAUGUGCGGCAGCGGAGCCUACAGUCCCGUCUGUGUGUACAUCAACCGGGGCCGCAGGCCGGAGGUGGGCUCCUGAUGACGGAUUCACUUCAUUACAUAUACAAACUCUAGACUGUAUAAACCAUGUUUUGGUGACGCUGGCUCGUUAGUUUACACUGUCAUGAAUGGAGCUGUUGAGGAGCUACAGAGCAACCCCCCCAUGUGUUCCCCAGUAAAGUCACUGUUGUUGUCCCAUAAUAAACUUUGGGACACACCAGAGUUAGCCGAAUGACACAUCGCGAACAAACCUUCAAAAAUGCCUAUAAAUCCUAUGAUGUAGGAAUUCAAUCUUAACAUGUUGUUGAUGGGUUCUAAAAUUGGCCAAAAAGUAAAGGAAGUUUGGUCAUUUGAAGCUUGAAAUAAAGAGCUAAAGUCACUGUUGUCAUCCCAUAAUAAACUUUAAGACACAACAGAGUCAGCCAAAUGACACAUUGCAAACAAAGCCUUGAAAAGUACCUAUAAAUUCUAUAAUUGAGGAAUUAAUUCUUAAUAUGUUGCUGAUGGAUUCUAAAAUUGACCAAAAAGUAAAGGAGGUUUGGUCCUUUGAAGCUUGAAAUGGAGAGCUGUACAAGAGUUUGUACGUUCGCCCCAGGGGUUAUUAAAAAAAUACACAUGCUUGACUUUAUUUAAGAGGUUAAUGUGAUUAUUACUCCAAUGGGACAGUAAAGCGAAGCUCUCAUCUUCUUUAGUUACCUGUAAAAGCACUUGAAGCGUGGGUUGUUAAUUCAGCCCUGAAGCACAAUAAAAUCAUAGUAAUGAGAAUGCUGCCACCCAGAGUGAGUAAAUAAAAACACUUUUGUGCAAAAGAGACUCCACAUAAAUGAAAAUGCCCCAAUAAGACUUUUUUUAGUGUAAUUAAUGCAGUUAUUUAUCAUUAAUGUUAGUAUUUGGAGGUUUACAUCAUCAUUAAACACAUUAGGCCAAAAGUAAAGAUUGAUAUUUAGUGUCACUUUCUAUCAGCUAAAAAUGAACUUAUUGUCUUUAGAUGUACAAACAAAUAGAAAAUUGUCAAAGAUGGACAUACCAAGGGCACAAAUUGCACUAAUCUCCUCACAAUAUGACCUUCCUAAUGUUGUAUUCAUGUGUAGCAUCAGAUUACAGUUGUUUCCAUCAACAAGAACAAUCUUUGCCUGGACUGAAAAGACUUAACAAUAACCUCUAUGUGGUGAAACAGUUGAUUUCACAAUGCUGUGUUGAGAGUUUUUUAAUGUAAUGCCACAUGGGAGGAGAAGCUGAGGAUAAGAGGGAGAAAAUGUUACUCUUGUGCCGCGGAUAAAGAGCUGAUUCCUCUGCUCUCAUCUCCGGCCGCACGGAUCUGUAAGCGAGAGCAGGAAAGCCCUCCAGGAGAAAAGUGCUCACUGGGUGAAUAACAUUUAGCCACAGACUGCUGAAGGCUGCCAGGCACUAAUAAGCAGAGCGAGAGCACUCACAGCCCCACUCUUUCCACACUGCGGCUCCGUUUUGUCAUUUAGCGGGUUUGUUUGAAAGUUACACUGCACUGCUUGCAACUUUGGAGGUCAAACAUGUUGGUUUUUCAAGAAAAGGAAUUUGUUAGCUGAAGGAGGACAGCUGAGUGCAGACCUCAACAGUAAGCCCUGUCCCUCGACUCAAAGACAGCUUAAAACUUGACGAGAUUGCAGAAAAGUUGAGCUACACUCUUUUGCCAAUGAUUUGCACCUCUCAGACAAAUUGCAAUAAGUGUCAGGUCUUUGAUUUAGUUGAAAACUUUGAUAGUGUUGGAUUACUUGUUUCAGAAAGUAGAGUUUUGUUUGUUUGGCCUUGGUAGCCAGUGUGUAGCACAGACACGGUUUGUUAUUUUCAUGUCAAAAAGCCCAAGAGCAGAGCAAAUACACUGUCUUUCAUCGAUGAGUCCACAUUGAGCCAACUAGUUCAACAAAUUCUUUGAUUUUGCAGACAUUUAUUUAAAUUGUAUCAUUGGAUGAGCUGAAAUGGCCCAUUUUUCAGCAAGUGCAUCAUCGACCUAUACAACCUUAUAGGUUUUCAGUAGACUGGCGCCUUACUGAACCGUGUCACAUCACAUAACUUGGAAAAAAAAAAAACUAUUUUUGCAGUGCAGACUUCAGUGACAGACUCUACCAGAUGGACUCAGUACUUUUUGGCAGGCAGACUUAUUUUCCCAGAAAAUCCACCUCUGCUGAUGUCAGUCUCAUUCAAUCCAAGGCAGUUGUAUCACCACAGAGGGUCAGAUCAAAAUUGGGUGGGAGAAGAAGCCCUAUAAUUUACCCAGGUUACUAUAAGAGGAAAUUGAAGCAUCCGGUCUGCCAUAAGGUAGGGCUAAAACUUAGCAGCUGUUCCACUUCAGAUAGAGAGAUGGCCAUCCAACAUACGAGCGGAGAAAUUCCUCCCCUUCCCAAAUGGAAAAUAGUUUUUAUUGUUCGACAUUGGCCCAUAAAGAUAGACCGGGUCAGGAGUGUUUUUGAGGAUCCUCAAAUCCAAGAGGGAGGGAAACAUGAGCAGACACCUUGUGAGACCUUUUUUACGAUAAUUAAAGUAUCUUAUAUGCAAUUUACAAUAAAGCAAUCUAACAUUAUAGACAUCCAAAGUACCAUAUUUACAUAGUGCUGAUUGUGUUGAGUGUCUUUUAAGUUCCUGUCUCCAAAUGCCUCUCAAAACCCUUUGUAUUAGAUUUAAUAUUUUAUUGGGAUUUAUCUGAGUGACAUUUUUAUUGUUGUCCAACACGGGCCAGUUAAAGUAGCCCACGCCAGAACUUCUAAAGGGAAAGAAACAUGAGUGUGACUACCUUGUGGGACAUUUUUUUGCCUAUAUGUAAAGUUUUAUUGUGUUAGAGGCCACUAGACAGAAUGACUUUUCAUAUAAAACUGUCUCCAAAUUGUCUUACUUCCUCUUUUCUCCCUAACAGGAACAGGUAUUUCACAUUGACUCAAGAAGCGAAUCUGGGAAAGGGAGGUGCUCCUUCAACCCUCAAGUGAACACAGUCUCCGUCAUGCUCAGUAAGUCACUGCUACCUCCGCCCUCAUAAUUUAAGCCGCUUUAAAACCUCGGAAGAAAUGUCGAAAUACGACAUGCCCUUAAAAAGGUCAAAUGUAGGACAGAAAAAAGGAACCACUUCAGAAAUGUUGCAGUUCCAUGUAUGGCCACUUGAGGCUGACUCUAAAAUGAGCCAAGUCAAAAAUCGAUCAAUUUCACUGUCAAAAGCCAGCAAGGUGAGAUUUUUUUUGUCUUAUGUCACUAUUUGAAGGCAAGAGAAGCAAAUAGGCUUUGUCCACAGGGGGCGCCAAAAUUAACACAAACCUAAAGUUCCUCACAGAAGCUUUAAAGCGCUUGAGCAUGUAAAACUUAAGAAUGCACAUUAUCCAACUUAUAUGGAUACCAAAAAGCUGGCUUCUCAAGAGAUAUAAAUUACAUUAUUUUCCUGUUCAGCGCCUUUAAAGCUCCUGUCAGGAACUUUUGGUUUGUGUCAAUUUUUGUGGCCCUUGAACAAAGCAGCGUUUGCUUAUUUUGUCCUCUCCAUGUUCAGGCAAUUAUAAGAUCUCACCCUGCUGACUUUUGACAGUCCAGGUUCUGUAGUAUUUGUUAAGGCGGUAGUUGUAAAAACAGUCUUGUUUGCUUUUGUAUAUCAUGCAAAGGUAGCAGUAUGAAUUUCAGUUUAUUUCUUGAGCAUGAAAAAAUUCCUUAUAGGAGCUUUAACUUUGGCCGGUUGUUGCUAUAUUUCAUUGUCAAACGGCUGUAACAGAGAGGUACUUUUUGUUCCUACAUCUCAAAAGUCUUAGUCAUGACCGUUCUUGAGAUGAAUAAUUAUAUUGGUAGCAUGAAAGGAGUGUUGUUUUGCCCCUUCUCUCGUCCCCGUUCCCUCUCUUUGAUCCCUGAUUAGUUGAGCAGUGUUGGGUUGCUGUUGACACGCUAAGGGUGACACAUUGCACCUCAGCUCUGCUUUCUGACACCUGAGCGCAGCACCCCUGCCAGCGAGUGAGCGCCCUCAGAGACACCCUGGGGGGGAGGGGGCAGAGGGGAGGGUAGAAUAACCUGAAGGAGCAGAAGAGGAAAGAGCUGAGCCAAAUAGAGUCAGGGUCAAAGGCACACCACGGUUAUCAUGCAGCGCUGCAGAGAACAACCAGACAUAGUCUCUGGACUUGAUAAAAUCAGGCCCCAUCUCUGUCAUCGUCAUGUUUUGGACUCCCUGUGUCCGUCUGUGCGCUGUCGACACUCGCUGCUUAGCGGGCCAGCUUGGACUCAGGCCACAUACCCUGAAUCCUCCAGAACACAUGGCCUGGAACUGAUGGGUAGUGAAGUGAGAGUAAAGGAAUGAUAAAAAGCAUGACGCCGAUGGUGGCGAGAACAAAGCUGCUUAUUAGCAGCAGAACACACACAGAGUGUAAACUACGUCACAGAUUCAUGUGUUGUCUUCUCCUUUAACCUUCACGAAUUCAGAGAAAUUCAAUAUUUUCUUAGUUUCUAGUUUUACUUUCUUUUAUGAAAUUUGCUUUAUGAGGCUCUAUGAAUUUGUAAAACAUUUUGUUGAUUUAUCUGCGUUUGAUUCCUGCAGACCAGGAGCUGUUCUCGGGCAUGUACAUCGACUUCAUGGGGACAGAUGCUGCCAUCUUCAGGAGCCUAACUAAGAGGAAUGCAGUGCGCACAGAUCAACACAACUCCAAGUGGCUCAGUGGUAAGCAAACAAACAGUCUUUGUCAACUCAAGUAAAAGAGAUACAAGAGAUUUCUCUUUAUUCAUUAUUUUCUAUUUUUCAUCAUAUGGUGAACUGCGAACAGAUAACCAGCAUUCAAGUUAUAAAAUCAUUGAAAGGUGAAAUUUAAAAUUAUGAAAACAAGACAUCAUUCAUCAAGAUGGUAUUUUGAAAAACAGCAGUCAAAAUCUGGUAUAGUUAGACAGCUUUAAAAUAGAAGCGUUGGAGUUACAGUGCAGAACUGUCCACCCCCCUCCUCUGUGAAGCUUCUCUACUCUCUAUUCUCUCUGAAGUAAAUAUUGUGGGAAGUUCACUCUGAGAAAGACUGCAUGAGCAAAUAUAUCAAAAAUUCAAAAAGUGUUCCUCGGCUGAAAUCUGCAAAGAAUUAGGAUUAAAUCAUUUAUAAAUUCUUUAAAAUAUUCAGAGAAUCUUUCAGAAUCUCUGCACAAAAAAACAACAAUGGGAGGCAGGCAGUACUAAAAAGGUUCCCACAGGAUGGCCAGACCUGGAUUCAAACUUUUUAUUCAAGGGUGAUCAGCACACCAACCUGUGGUCCUCAAUUCAGUCUGGUAUUUCACUCAAGAGAGUCUAGUUUAAGAUGUAAAGGUGGCGGAAUGGAUUCAAACCCUGGACCUGUAUAAAUACUUCAGAUUAUUACAAAUGGGGCCCAGUCGACGUGAAAGUAAAACGCAUUGGUGCUACUGUAGAUGCCAACAGACUACCAGAAAACAUGGUGCUUGCAGGACUUUUACAACUAGGGUAAAGUGACAUAGUCCAGGACCCGAGGUAAACAGUUGUAGCGUUGUAUUGGCGCUAAAAUGCUACAACAUGCAGCAGGUCCCGUUUGACAAGAAACACUUCUGUUACAGACAUUUGACUUACUUUGUUAAAGCGGUUUACCUGUCCAGCAGAAAGGUUACAGGGUCUGUAAGAUCCCGAAGCGUCCCCUAUCGUUGAUGUUGACCUGGCUUUUUAGCUCUUGUCCGGUCUACCUCCUUUUUAAGCACUGAUAUUCCACCAGAGUCUCUGGUAUUUACUUAGUUUUAUUGCUUGUGUUGGCAGUCAUAGCCAAAAGAGGAUUCAGACAAUUUUCUGUACUUUCUGGUUGGUUUCUACUGUCCGAUAUUGUUGCACGCUAACUUUUGUUUGGGCUCGUGAAUGUUAUUCCUGCAGCGUCCACCUCACAACCAAUCAGGUCAGAGGGGUGGAGAACAGCUUUGCUUACAGUCUCAAUCUGCAGCCCGCUCAAAAAUGUUAAAAUGUUGACUAAAGAGGCAUAAGAGAAUCGUGAUAUUCCCAAAUGUCAUUAAUAACUAAUAGCUAUUGACUGAUAUUAAAAGCUUUUAUUGUAUAUUUACCACAAAAAAAUGCCUCUUUAACAGAUUCCUGCCGACCCCACCUUGAAUUGAACUGAAAGUGUAAAAGUGUGUAUCUAUUCAUGUCUUUUAUUCAGAGCCAAUCUUCAUUGACGCCCACCUGAUACCAGAUGGAACAGACCCAAACGACGCCAAACUGUAUUUUUUCUUCCGUGAGAGGCUCACAGACAACAGUGGAAAUACUAAAAAUAUCCACACCAUGGUAGCCAGAGUGUGUCCGGUGAGUGCUUCGUCUCCACCUGAAUACAUCAGCUCUCACAAUGCUGUAGUUUCCUGUUUCUAAUGGCGGCCUGUGUUUGCAGAGUGACAUUGGCGGACAGCGGAGCCUUGUCAACAAGUGGACCACCUUCCUCAAGGCUCGGAUGGUGUGUUCAGUCCUGGAGGAAGACGGCACUGAAACCCACUUUGAUGAACUGGGUCAGUGAAAUGGUGAAACCACUGGGGUGGUUACGUAUUUUCUUUAGUUUUCUGAGUGGCGCCUUAGCUCUUACUUAUUUUUUAAUCCAGCAGACCACUUUAAAAACAUCUGUAUUAAAGAAAACAUGUAUCCAGAGACCAUACUGAUUCCUGCAAGAGUCACAGUUUCCAGUGAUUGCUUUUCUCAUAAACAAGCCACAACACUUCCCUUGUUUGGUCAGGAUUAGGACUUUAGCCCUUUAUCAAAACUCAUAACAAAUAUUCUGCUGCUUUUGGUUACUUUGUGAGUAAUUCAAGUGCUUUUUUAAUGCCGUGAGCUUUGCAAAGUACAAAUACAAGCUUGCGGCAUUUUCUACCCACAUUUCCAUAAAGUCCAUUAGACCGGUCCAUCUGUCAACAUGCAGCUAUUCCUCCAUGCAUUCAUCGCUUUUUGGCAAUCUCCCCUGCAGGAUGAGGUGAUGGGACAAACAGAGGAUUUGCUGAAAGUAUUUAACGUUUAUCUUUGUGUGCGCAUGUGUGUUUUUCCUCACAGAAAGUAUGUUUUUGCUGGAAACCGAUCAGCCCAAGGGUCUGUUGGUGUUCGGAGUAUUCACAUCCACAAGGUAAGUCCAUCGGUGAUGAAGCCAACUGUAACAUUCCUGCAGGUCUCAGUGGUUAUCUUAAUCACUGACUGGAUCUCAGCAGGAGAGGAUGUGCUUGUCUGAGGGCCGGUUACAUAGAGACGUCAUGUGUCGUGUUGCUGAACAGCUCCUUCAGAAGAUGAUCUGUUCGUUACAUGGCCUACGUUUUGAUCUUCUUUCCCUCUGAUCCUUCUUUCCUCCUUCAGAAGCAGCAGUGCUUUAUUCUGCUGACAUCGUGCAUGGAAUAUAUUUAUAGUACGCACUGAUAUGUGAUCUGUGUUGUUGGAUGUGCUCCACCAUGAGCAGGGGUAAUGGUACACAGCAGGAGUUUUGAGCACAGAGGGAAUUCAAUCAUAGCAUUCUUCAGAAAGGUGAAACCUGAGCCACGAAUCUCAGUUUGCAGACACGAAAAGGAGAAAUAUUGUUCACCUUUCUCUCAAAAAAAUGUCAUUUAGAUGCUUAAAGUCUAAUACAGGCAGAGACAGAUAAACAGCUUAUUGAAUAAACCCCUCACUUGAAGUGUUUUAUGAAAACACAUUAACUUUGCAACCUGAAAUUUGCUUAUGAAUAGUUCUUAACCCUUUAAUGCCUUUUGUAUCAUAUUUGAUACAUACUUUUCUAUACUUCAAUCCAAUUAAUAUGAUCAACAAAUUACUAAAAAAUAUACCUGAAUACAGUCCGAUAAAUGAUAAAAAUGCCCUCUUUUAGUUUAUUAGUUUCCAAACACAUCUAAUGUAUCAAAUAAGAUAAAUAAAUAUAUUUGUUAAAUUUUAAAGACAUUUUGAUUUUUGGUUUUUAGUGGUAAGUGAAAUAAACAUUUCAGCUCAAAAUUCUUUUAAUUAUCUGGCCAUAAUUUGUGGUUUCAGGCAUUAAAGGGUUACGUCCAACAUUUUAACAAAACGCUUGUUUCAAAUAAAUGAAAAAAAGUGUAAUAGCAGCUCUUUAUUGUUCUAUGCUUAACAGUUAUGCGGCCUUUAGCCAAGGUUACAAAUGAUGAAAAACCCCUUUUCCUCACCAUUACAUCCUUCAUAUACCUACACCAUCUUCCAGCCUAGCAAUCCUGACAAUGUGUAAAUAAAAAAGCCAGCAGUGUUUCUGUUUCUGGGAAGACAUAGCUUUUAUGAAACCAGCUGCACUAGCUCCUGUGGUGAUGUCACAACAGGAGUGAUUUACAUCAGUAUGAAUAGAUCAUCACUCCCACUCCUCGAAUGAUUUUGCUUCCUUCUACACUAGCACGGUUUAAUUCAGUGUUGCACAAAUGUUUAAAUUAUAAUCUGUCCUAGCUCUUUAGCUCUUCUUAUUUCUUAUCACAACAUACUGGCAACAUUUGCUGUUAAUCUGUUUACGUGUGCCGACUAUGUCACCUCAAAUUACUUAUAAUAUUUACAGUUCAUGAUAUGAAACGUUUGGCUUAGUUCUGGCUCACCAUGUUUGUUUUGGUGUUUUUCCGCCUCUACAUCUUUCUGCCCUUGUCUGCACCCUUCUCCCUUAGAUGAUAUCCAUGCAGCCACUUAGUGCAGUGCCUCAGGCUUAAUUUGUGGGGCUUUCUGUAAAAGACUUCUAAACCUUUCUUAAAAGACAUCUAGGUCAUGUUGUCAACAGCUAAAAAUACAAUUUUAUGGGACCUUUAACUCACAGACAACAAAGAACGGAUCUGACUCAUUUGUAUUACUUAUUUAUCUAACUGAGCACUCCUGUUUUUUUAAGUCCUCACCAGCCAUUGAGCCGUCAAAGAAAGCAUACUUACUGGACUAAUAUUAGGCCUGUAUGUCUGGUUGCCUCGAAGUUGUUUUGAAUCAGACUGUCACAUCACAUCAUACAGGGCAGGUGGGGAAACGUGGCAACCAUGAUACACUUCCACAUCAGCAUUCCCUGGUGAGGUUCUUGGUCUUCCACCUUGGAAAUAAUUCAGUCAUCAAGUUCUAUAAAUACAGACAAUCAGUGCUUUAGUUUCAGGUGGUCUCUGAUAAGCUUUUUCAGUUCUCUAGUUGCAUGUUAAAUCAGAAUGAAUUUAAAUUUUUAAUAAAAAUCCCCAUCAUUAGCAGAUAAUUAUUUCUUUCCACUUCUUUUAUGGAAAACAGACAUGUUUUUACUUUUUACAUAACAUACAGUAUCUGAAUGGGAUCGUCUGGGUUGUAAGUAGCUGAUAGAGCUUUAGGUCUUGGAGGUAUUUCUCAACUUGUGAAGUAACGCUAAAUCCUACAGUUUACAUGAGAGGUCCAAACCAAGCUAAUCUGGAGAUGCUUUGUUUUCUUGCGAUAAGCGUGGUAUAAUUCAAUAAUAAGAGCACAUCAAACCCCACAUUAAAAGAAAAUAUUAUGUUCUGUGAGGCUUUGUAGUAACUCUACUACGCCAGUGAAUUCAGAUCAACUGGAUUUGAGCAGGCUUUCGAGUUUAAUACCAUCCAGACUUCUGCAAUAAUGAAAAAAACAACUCUUUACACUGACAAAUUAAAUUCCUCCGAUUCACCACAGUUACUGUCAGCCGGGUUAAAUUGCAAAUUUGAAGGUUUAAAGCAACAUUCAGUCAAUCCAUUCGUUCUAAUCCUUAAUUGAGUUCAUCUGGUUAACCCGGGCUGACACUCCUGCGGGCCCUUCAUCCACUUGUUACUUGAGGAUCAUAGAGAAGCUGCAGUAGUGUAUCCUGGCUCACGGAGCUCAGCCAAAUCAAACAGUGAGGUCCUCCAGGUCCUUUAGCUCUGUGUUAUUUCUAUUUCAACGCUAUGUUUCUUCCCCCGGCUUCUUUUCCCCCUCUCAACAAAGCUGCUUUUAUGUGUAAAGCAGUGUGGUUUUACAUAACUGAGCCAACCACAUCAGAUCAAUGGAGGGGGAAAUAGGUGAGCCGUUCCCGCCAGAGAGAUGCAACGGUUCCUCCCAGAUUGCAUGACUCGCACAUCCACGGAAACAGAGAUCUUGAAAACAAGUGCGGAAUAUUUAAUCUAGGUGGGUCUGUGUUGUCUUUUACUGAAAAUAUGCAUCUCAUUUUUUUCUCAGCUCCGUGUUUAAAGGCUCCGCUGUGUGUGUGUACAACAUGGCCGACAUCCUCACCGUCUUCAACGGGCCCUUCGCUCACAGAGAGGGACCGAACUUUCAGUGGGUGGCUUUCCAGGGACGCAUCCCCUAUCCGAGGCCUGGAACUGUGAGUUCGUUUCUGGGUCAUCCAUUCAUCUGUGUUUUUUCAGUGCAUGAUUCAUCAACACAAACUUUUAUAAAAUAUUGAUGUCAACAUUACCUCUUUACACAUUGCAUGCCAGAAAAGAUGAGAACACGAAAUAUCUUGUAAAACCGAAGCCCGUCUUAAAAAAUUCAUGGAUGACAUCAAAGUUUUAACAACCGUUGCUUCAGAAGGAAUGACAACACCACAAAACUAUGUCUAUAUGCACACAAUGUAAAGUACAUAUACAAAUAAAUUCCCAAAUAUUUUAUCAGUUUUAAGUUGAAAAACAUAUUAAAAUUCAUAUCUUUGUGUAUUUUAAAGGAACAAAAUGUUUGCAGAAAUUCACUUAACUGGGAUUUUUGUGAAUACGUCAUCCAUUGAAUUGCUUUUGCUAUCAAGUAUUCACCACCGUUGUUUUUGUGGUGUUUUACACAGCUUACUGAUAAUAAAGAUUUAAAAGUUCAUGCAUUCCAAAACCUGUCUUUUUAUACUAUCAGUGUGUCUUAAUGACCUAAUUUAUACUACAGGAAACUGAGGAAUUACAACAUUGCACACGUUUUUUCCACACUUUCAGAACUAGUGAUAGGACAAAAAACGUUGAGAUAUUAUACUAUAAACUAUACAAUUCUGACUUGACAAAAAAAUAUAUAAAAAACAUAAACAUGAAAAUUAAACGCCCAAAUACAGAGCCAUGGGGGACUCCAAAGAUUACAAUCUAUUGUAAGCAAACUGUAAAUUUUUUUCCUACAUUUUGAUAAUAAACUAUAUCUAAAAAACUCACCAUUAAUAAGUGCAGAAAGCAAAGCUAUAAUUUGGAUGUGACUAUGAGGGAUCGUGGAUUCUUUUUGGAAACUGUGCCUUAUUCACUGUUUUCUCUCUCCAGUGUCCCGGUGGAGCCUUCACUCCUGACAUCCAGACAACAAAGGAGUUCCCCGAUGACGUGGUAACCUUUGUCCGGAACCAUCCUGUCAUGUUCAACCCCAUCUACCCAGUGGGAAGGAGGCCCCUGGUGGUCCGUACCAACGCCGAUUACAAAUACACUUCAGUGGCAGUGGACCAGGUCAUGGCGGCAGAUGGCAACUACCAAGUGCUCUUCCUGGGCACAGGUACAACUAUCGACAGUUUUCCAGUCUGACAAAUACAGACAUUGAUCAGAGUUUUACAAGACUAGCUUAGGAGCUACACCAAACAAUCCAAUCCUAUAUUUAUGUAGCACAUUUGAAAAAACAUUUAAGUUUGCCAAAGUGCGGGACAAUAAAAUUAAAAGAACAGACAAUGCAGAAAACAUCAUGAUGAAAUAAAUAAAAGCAAGUAAAAAACAUUUUAAAUGAAAUAAAAACACAAAAGCAUCAAAGAAAUGAAAGUGAUAAAAGGAUAGAGAUCACACAACUCUCAUGCUGAGCUAAAAGCCAAGGAAUAAAAAUGAGUUUUAAGACGUGAUUUGAAAGUAGGAAGAGUGGGGGAUGUUUUAAUCUGUUAGUUUUUAAAUACUACACUAUAUCUUUUACAGUUGAACAUCGGGUGAAAAGGAUUUGCAAGCCAUUUAAAUCUGUAUUUUAGCAACUUUUUACAAUUCAGGUUGUUAAAGAUAUGCACAAAAAAGCAAUAACACAACACCUCAGACGUACAAGGGUUAAUGAUUGUCGAGUGGGUUGCAAGAGUUGCUAAUCAGAUGAACAGACAACAGAGGGGUUAGUUCACUGUGGGUGUGGCCACAAAUUUGAAAUCAUGGCACAAUAUGUAAUGUCAAUUAUGUCAGCAACAGGUCAGAGACAGGUCAGCCUGGAAAGGUUUUGAAAGAGUGGACUUUGACCUCUUUUGACCCCAGUUUAUGGAGUCAGGUGUAAGUCCUGAGAGGGGAUUAUAUGUGCAGCAGACAAACCUAUGUCUGUUUGCGUGCUGAUGGAAUGGUGGUUAAACAAGAUUAUGUGUGAGUUUGUAUGUAAUUAUGCGCGCGCCCGUGUCCACUUGCGCACAUGUUUGCGUUCAGCAAGCUGGGCUGGGGACUCUCUCCCGCAGCUGCUCGUGUUUAUGAGACAGCCUCUCCAUUCUGUUUCUCCUGCCUGGAUUCUUGACAACAAGCCAGGUUUGUCUAUUCAUAUCUCAGCCCAGAGAUGCUGCUUUUGUCUGAAAGAUGACGGAGACGCUCUUAUCUGGCAUUUCCAGGAGCCCGCCAUCGUAACUCCCUCUCUUUUCCCUGCUGCUCAAAAACUCUCAAGACAGAACAGUCGUGUUGAGGGUGGGGGUGUUGUAUUUUGCCCUUUUCCCUGCCCUUGUCCUCCCUAGCGUGGGUUUAAGAGCUACCAUUUCCCUCCGCUGCCACAGUCGAUUUUGCAAUGAAAACUGGCCAUUCAAAUAAAAAUAAGAGCAAAGAAAACAGGCAUACAGGUCCUUUUUUUUCCUUGUUUUCUGCAUUCUAGUUUCUGUAUCUGUUUCACGUGUCUUUUAAGAGCACAUGUGUGGUUACAGCACAUGACAUGUCUGCUUUUUGCCCCCACCAGACAAAGGUACAGUACAGAAGGUGAUUGUGCUGCCCAGCAAUCACUCCCUGCAUGAGGAUCUUAUCCUGGAGGAGCUGGAAGUGUUUAAGGUCAGCUGUCUGUUUUGUAUUUCUUUUUUUCGCUCUGACUUUCAUCCCAUUUCCCGCUAGAAUCAAAGGAAAGGAAGCAGAGGGAAAGACAAGUUUGGCCACAACACAAAGGCCAGGGUGCAGACAGACAGAGCGAGAAAGGCAGGGUGGCAAGCAGGAGAUGGAUGCAAUGCAGCGUGGAGUGAUACGAAACAUGUGAACAGGCCGCAGGGUUCUGGUAGAGGACUGAGCUGUUUUAUCUUAGCCCAAAUCCUUACACGUAUGAUCAACCUGUGAUCAGACGUGGAGACUACAGCUUCUUGGAAUCACCUUACACCUAGAAGACGGCUCAAUAAAAACAGAUCUUCUUUCCAAGGACAGAAUAUAAAGCCAAAAAGAAGAAAAGACAGCAAAGAAAAAUGACCUACAAAAGCCACCAAGUUUACUGCUUAAGCUCAAAAACUCCCCAAUUAAACCAUGACAAGAAUAUUUUUUUAACUUGUCAUUAAAUUAGCAAAACAUGAUGAAAUACUGCAUUUGAAAGUGGCGCUGCUAUGUGUUUUUUUUACUGGUCACAGUCAGAGUUAAAGGGAUAUUCUGGCGUAAAUUUAAGUUCAGGUCAAACACACCAUAACACCGAGUUAGAAACCCCUCAAAAGAUGAAUGUUGCCGACCAAUUGCUUUUCUUGUUAUACCAACUUUAGUAACGACCACAGGAUAGCAAUACAGAGAGCCACACACUCAACCAAAAAGCCACUCUAUAGCCACAAAUAAUGCUCAGAACAGCACCUAACUUUAUCAACAGUACAUAUUCUAGUUCUUUGCCUUAGCGUCUCGGUCUGAUUGCAUUUCCAUGAGGAAAUGAUCAUAAAUGUUCUUCCUUGAGCUGCGUCACCCCGCUGGAGUUGAUGGACUUGCCCAAGGUUUCCGUACAAACAAACAUUCAUCUGACCCUAAGUUAAUUUUACGCCGGAAUAUCCCUUUAAACUAGCUGUUCUUUCCUUGUGAUUGGGCAUUUACCAGUCACGAGCAACAGCCUCAUAUUUAGCACACAGACAAGAGAGUUGUUUAUGUCUAUUCAGAGACAGUGCAUGAAAACUUUAUAGUCCUCUUCAGUGUUCCCAUCUACUACUUUAAACUUGCAGUAGAAAUAACAGUCAACUGUGUCUAAGAGGUCUGAAAUGUGUUUCUGACGUGUUUUUGUAGAACCAAGCUCCUGUUACCAACUUGAGAAUAUCCUCAAAGAAAGUAAGUACCCCUCCAAUUUUCCCUCUCCUCACACGUUUAGUGCACUUUUAUUGUUGUAAUAUGUUAUUCAUUGUCUGUGGCUACUAUGUAAUGCACGAAACAGAACUCUCCUGUGCAUAAUAAGCCUCCCAGAGGCAAGGAAAUAAUAAGCCAUAAUUGUUUCGGCGCUCUGCCUCAUUUUCCUGUCAGCCGGCCACUUAUUAAGACAAACAGGGCGGCUGACAUUUGAACUGUUUGCUUUGCAGCAACAGCUGUACGUCAGCUCGGAGUUCGGGGUCUCACAGGUCUCUCUGCACCGUUGUCACGCUUACGGCUCAGCUUGCGCGGACUGCUGCCUCGCCCGAGACCCCUACUGCGCCUGGGAUGGGCUCAGCUGCUCCCGCUUUUAUCCCACCGGAAAAAGGUACACAGAAGUUCACGGAUUUUAACUACAGUACUGUAAGACCCAAAACAAGAGCUGGUUACAGAGACCAUUCAUGCUUACAGUUUAUCAAAAGGUUGACAAGUUUUAACCGGCAAUAGCAUGGUGCAGUCUUUAGUAUUUUUUCUCUUCAUUGCAAAUGUAGCUUUUCCAAUUUUGCCAUUCGCCUUACUGAGUAUUUCUUUGGCUUAAAAUAGCUGUAAUAUACACACAUCUGUUCACCAAGGAAGAUAGAAUAAUAGAUGUACAAUAUACAGUCGAGCUGAAAGUGGAAAUGUAAGCGAUAUGUUUAAUUAACAAGGAAAGAAAACAUCCACGCUCGGCCUCUCAGUGCAAAAACAUCACAAGAAUGGAAUCCCUCAGCUCGCACUUCAAUCUAAGCCACGUCCCUAAUUCUGCUUUUGUUGUUUUCCACCCUCCGUCUAGACAUAACACAGACGAGGAGGUCUGAGCGACACCUCACCUCUAAAACUUAAACCUCCUUGGUCUCUUUUUAAGGACUGGCUGUCUGUCUCCUGACAUUCCAGGCGGUUGCAGGUCAGGUUUAGUUUGGUCCCAGAACAAAAGCACAGCCCGGCUUUUCCUGUGGGGAAAGAAAGUCUCUGUAAUGUGUCAGCUGUUUACAUGCACGUCUCCUCAAGGCUGUUCUUUAUGAGUGUGCACCACUGUGUGGAAAAACAGUCAGAUUUUCCUCAUAUUGUUUUGAGCCCUUCCAUGAUUUUAAUAUGGAAGAAAGAUGUGAAGAAAAAGGUUGUUAUGAUGGUGUAUUUUUCUAUAUUUAGUUGCAGUUUAUUUAAAGUCAUUGCUAUUUUAUGUUUUUUUUCUAGGAGAAGCAGGAGGCAGGAUAUUAUGCAUGGAAAUCCACUCACUCAAUGCAGAGGAUUCAAUCUAAAAGGUAAAUAAAGCAUAACUUUCAUCUGACAGAGGAUCAAACUGGUGUGAGAAAUUUAUCUUUUGAAGGGGAAAAAACUGAGAAUUUUCACCUGCUUGACAAAUAUCACUCAGUUUAAGCCCACCACCUGCAAAAGAAAUAUCUGUGCUGUGACUUUAACUGAAACACUCUUUCUGGUUUCAGUAUAAUUGUGGGGACUUUCAUUUACACACACACUUUCUGGUUUUAACACUAUUAAGAAUGUUAAACAGACACACACUUUCUGGUUUGGGUGUUUUUGACACUUUCUGGGAAUUCUGCUUAUGGAACUCACACACUGUUGUGUUUCAAUUUUUGUAUGGAGACUAGAUUCAGAUGUAGGGGUUUCAAGUGACAUACACCUCCUACAUUGAUUAUUUUGGAUCAUUUUACUGUCACUCUUCCUCAUUUAAAUAACAUUUUGGGGACUUAAAUAGACCCACUAUUUUUGGUUGUUUAUUCUCAAGGGGACAUUAUCUUACACACACACAUUCUGGUUUAAGCAAUGUUCAGGAAAUUUAAUAGACACAUUUUCUGGGUUUUUUGUAUCUUUAUGAAGGCUUGACAGUUUCUGAGAACUGUCUUGAUGGAGACUUAGACACUACUUCUUAUUUUGGUAUUAGUGUAGAGACUUGCGUUACCACUUAAUGGUUAUAUUUAAUAUCAUGUGGUGACUUUAACUGACACAUGCUAUUCUGUUUAACAUGAAGUGUGGGGGCUUAAACUUUAUAGUUUUUGUAUUAUUUGGGGACUGUCAUUGAAACACUUUUUAAACCAAUAUAUCAAUGUGGGGACCUUGAUGACUCGAACUUCAUGGUUUUGGGUACUAUUACACACUAUAUCCUGUUUUAGUAUUAGAGUAGAGACUUAAUUUCCACAUGAUGGUUUUAAUUGAUAUCAUGUGGUGACUUCAACUGACACAUGCUUUUCUGUUUAAUAUUGAGUGUGGGGGUUUAAACUUAAUAGUUUUGUAUUAUUUGGGGACUGUCAUUGAAACACUCUUUCUAAACCAAUAUAUCAAUGUGGGGACCUUGAUGACUCAAACUUCGUGGUUUGGGGUAUUGUUACACACUAUUUCCUGUUUUGGUAUUAGCGUGGAGACUUAAGUUACCACAUGAUGGUUAGAUUUAAUAUUAUUUGGUAACUUUAACUGACACAUGCUUUUCUGUUUAACAUGAAGUGUGGGGGCUUAAACUUUAUAGUUUUUGUAUUAUUUGGGGACUGUCAUUGAAACACUCAUUGUGGGGACCCUGAUGACUCAAACUCCAUAGUUUUAAGUACUGCUACACACUAUUUCGUGUUUUAGUAUUAGAGUAGAGACUUAAAUUACUACAUAAUGGUUUUAUCUAAUAUCAAUUGGUAACUUUACCUGACACAUGCUUUUCUGUUUAAUAUUGAGUGUGGGGGCUUAAACUUUAUAGUUUUUGUAUUAUUUGGGGACUGUCAUUGAAACACUCUUUCUGAUCAAAAAUAUCAUUGUGGUGACCCUGAUGACUCAAGCUUUGUGGUUUAGGGUACUGUUACUCUGUUAUAACCAAAAAGAGUGACACAGGUUAAUAUUUAAUUUUUAUUCUUAUAGUGAACAGAAAACUAAAGUCAAAGUCGUGCUAAUGUUGCUAGCUUAGUGUACACAGGAGGUAAAAUUUGUGUUUGGCACACAGGUCAGCCCAGGCAAGUUAAUAAGACCAAAGAGUAAAGAAAGUCAGUUAUUAUAGCAUUUAAGAGUAUAUUAUUGUAUAAGGUUUUAUAGUUUGCUGUAAAGUUUUACUGCUUCCAUGUGUUCAAAACAAUCAAGUCUGCAGCUGUUAAUUUUCAGUGUAUAUAUAAAAGUAGAAAGGUAGCAUAUGCUCUUCAAACAGAUGUACAUUGCCAAAGACAAUAACAGAUACACUGACCUUCACAAAAUGACUCCCUAGUUAACUGUGAUUUUGUUGUACGAAAGCUGCAGCUGUUGCUCCAUAUUCAUGUGCUGUCAUGUGCCUGUCCAGGGGGUGUUUGUGCUUGUUGUAAGUCCAGGUACCACACAACAUUCCUUGCAGAUUCACACAGUGGACUGGCAGAGCACUCUGAAACAAGAGGAGAAGAUUUGCUCCCCAGAGUGUUCCAUUUCCGCGAACAGUUUACAUCCUUAAAUUAACACAAGCUUGGGGAACGAACCAUAUGGCUAUUACCAGCAAUUAGCCACAACCGUGUCAUAGAUCCAGCUGUGUGACGAGCCGUUUAGCUGCAUCAGAAACGACACAGUCACUGAGAUGGAACCGGGCUGGUGUGAUGUGAUGAUGUUUUUGUUUUAUUAGUCUUAAGUAGCGGAGGAAGAGUGGGUGAGGGUUGACUCAGCUGCCAGCGUUGGGCUGAGCUUUGUGUCAACAUUUCACUCUCACUGUUGGGAUUUUAGACAGAUUUGAGUCCAUCUGUGGGGUUUGUGUCUGUCAGCAAGUGACGUCUGAUGUGACGUCUGUUGUGACACUCUGUGUGUGUGUAUGUUUUUCUUUAGCCUACAGAAAUGCUGUGGAGAUGACACAGUAUGGAGUGAAAAACAACACCACCUUCCUGGAGUGUAUUCCAAAGUCUCCUCAGGCCUCUAUUCGCUGGCUGAUUCAGCGAGACAACGACAGGAGGAAAGAGGUCAGUUUGACAUAUGAAGAGGUCAAAGGUUAAGCUGAAAUGAAUCCAAUGAUGUAAUGUAAUAUAACUGAUUAAAUGUCUAUUACUGAUCUGUAUCUUCUCUGGAGUUUCGUUCACAUAAUUGAGUUUUAAAUCAAACAUUAAACAUGUCAGAGCAAUCAAAUGAGUUUACGUGCUUGAUAACGAGUUGCCUCUGAUAAAGGAAAAUGGGCAAUGAUUGCCAGUGGAGGAAUGAUACAGAUCAAACUUGAUAAGCAGUCUGACUGAUAACAGGCUCUCCAGCAGGGAAACACUUGACAAGUCUUUGACUCUUCUUUAACCCCUUAAAAGGCUGAGAAAAAUUACAUAAAGCUGAAAAAGAUAAAGACACCUCUUUUAUGGAUUUAGUACACACCUGGAUGGCGUAGACUCUGAGUGGUGGCUGUUUCGUAGCCUUUUCCCCAUGAGAACAGAACUCAGCCUUAGGAUAAAUCGCUUUAGUUUUAGAGUCUUAUUUUUUUUAACUUGCAGGAUUUCAACGAGUAAGUGGAGAAAAACAAAAUCUAAUGUAUUUACAAUGAGAUGAAAAUGUCACAUUGGUCUAAACUACUAUUUUAAAUGGAAACCAAAGCUUCUAAGAAUGUUUAAGCUCCCAUGGGGAGUUUUUGACGUUCGAGAAAUAGACUGUAAUUCAUAUUGAUGCUUUUUUAAUGAUAAACAGAAGCAAACAAGACCAUCAGUGACAAGAUUGAUUAUUUCUGCACCAUAAGUUUUAAUGUCUGAAACUGCUGUGAGGGGGUAGGUGUCAGCCAAGCAGCUGAAGAAACAACCUUGUUUUCACAUCUUUGACAAUAAAUACAAGAAAUUCUGCAUUUGACUGCCAAAAGUCAGCAUGAUCAGACAUGUCUUUUCCUUUCUCCUUAAAGUUCCUCACAGGAGCUGUCAUCAGUUGUAAAUAUGAAUAUUUAGGGCAUGCAGGCUCAUAAAAAACCCUUCAGUAUAUACAAAUUCAGAUAUACAUCAUAGUACAAAGAUGUCUACAGAAUUAAAAUAACACCUAUAGCACACAAUUAGUCUUGAAGAAACAGUCCAUCUCUCCCUGGUUUUUAUCUCAUAAGAAAAAAAGACAAAGGUUGUCCAACUUUAGAUCAGCUGGUCCGUUUAAGGAUUGUGUUAUGUCAUUUUAAAGACAAUGUGCGUUACAGAAAAUGGGAAGGAAACCAGCUCUUGAUUUUAGUACUGCCCCAGGAAAAAUAUCUAGUCCAGCAAAACUUUGAUGACAGUUUAUCCAUUUGUUCUGUCCAACAUUAACAAUUGAUCAAAUAUGACAGCCAGCUUGUUGCACCAAGUUGUGGUUGAUAGAAGCUGCCACAGUGUGGCAUUCAGGAGUUAAAGAUUUCAAUUUUCAAAAUAACAUCCAUGUGAAAAGUUAAUUUAAAAAGAUUUACUAACAUGUCUCCAGCUCUGUUCUCAGGGAUGUCACCCUUUAGUUUCUGAACUAGAGUUUUGAAGGUGAGUGAUGCUGGUAGCCACAUUGGAAAUACUCUUUCAAAAGGCCUUUAGCCUAGCUAACAGCUGUAAUGUUCCUUGCCAAUGAGUCAAAUCAGCCAUGCCCUUACAUAUACAAACUUGCAGACCAAUCCAUAAAAAAGUCAGGGUAGUUAUAAAUGUGUAAUUCUGCUGAAAAAAGGAGCCUUUUAACAUGGAUAAUAAUGGGGAUUCCAGUGCUUUUGUAGCCCCAAGUGGACACUUUAAGAACUGCAGUUUUUAGCUAUUCUGAUUUGACCGUAUCCUUUCCAACCACAGGUAAAGUUGAGUGACCGUGUCCUCUCCACCGAGCAUGGCCUCCUCAUCCGCACCGUCCAGCUGUCUGACCAGGGCCUCUACUACUGUCUGACCACAGAGAACAGCUUCAAACGCACCGUUGCCAAGAUCCGCCUGCGAGUGCUGAGCGAAGCCAUGGUGAGCGUGCUGACGGACAAACAGCAGUCGCCGUGGGCCUGGGCCAGCUCCCUGCACCCGAAGGCCCUUUUGGCAGCCUUCAGUCCGGCAGAGAGCCUGGCUGUGCAACAAUACUGCAAAGAAAGGAAGGAGCUCCAGAAGCUGCAGCAAAGGCAACUGCAGCAGCCGCCUCCGCCGCCUGGACCCCUCAGGGGGGACUUGGCCAAGCUGAAGCCGCUGCUAGACCGGAGGAAGAGCCGCAAUCGCCGUAAUCACCUCCCAGAGGUGUGAAUUCAGACUUAGGAACAGUUUUUAAAACUAGAUCCCUCAUUUUCCAACUCUCAUCUCAAGCUGCAGAUCUUCACUGUGGAUGUACAUGAAAGAGAAGGUUGUUUUGGGGGAAUUUUUCGUCUUGCAUGAGGUAUUAUGACCAGAUGGCUGUGACCUAUGAUAACACACAUGCACAGGCACUUAAAUGUCACCCAUUUGCUGCAGCAGCUCCAACACCAAGCUCCUGUGAACUGUGGUCUUAAAUACACCUUAGGGUGCUGCUAGAGUCGAUAAUCUUUUCUUAUUUUAGAAUUCAUGGAGGGAAUUUGAUCUGCCAGAUAUAAUCUCACUAUGGAUUUGUCUUUUUCUUGCAAAAGUAGGGGGCAAUUUUAAAUCAUCUUUGAGGAGAUUAAAGAGGAACAAAAGGGAGACAGAUGCAUGUAUGACUGUGAGUACCCUUUCAAGUAUUACACUUUAUUAGAUUCCACUCACACUUCCAUCUCAACUUGAAGUAACAAAAUUGUCUCAGCUCAGUGAAAUGAAAAAAUAAAGGUCGUAAAAAGUCAAUUAGAGAGAAAAAGUAAAGUUUUUCUUUCUCGGCUGACAGCUGCACCAACUGCCCACGACACCCUUGUUCACUGAGAGCGCAGAUGGCAAGCAGUCCACAUAAAAAGUGUGAUGUUACAAGCUAAAAUGUGGAAGCUCAAAGGCCAAACUCAGCAUUAAACCCUGAUGUUACAUCCACAAAACCAGAAAUAACAAUAAUAAUAAUUAUAAACAGAAUAUUUAGGAUUGUCUCUGCAGUUGCUAAUAUUUUAACCCUACUGUAUCUAUCCCCAUUACUUCAGACAUACAUGUAAGAGAAUGUGCCUCACUGUAAUUCAGCUGUAUAUUGUAUCAUAUUUCUUUUGUUUGUAGUACAAAAGCAUGUUUAUAGAAAAGCAUCAGCAAUCGAAGUCUCCUAAUUCUUCUCAAGAUUAGGUUUGAGUAAUAAGACUAGCAGAUGCACAUUUUUAUUCAGUUUAAAACCUAAGAGUUUGGGAAAAGACAAGCUGAAAUAAAACAGUAUCCAUCUUUGGAUCAACAUUUUCCACACAUCUUUCAGCAAAGAGAAUAAGUAGCGAUUACCAAUAGGAUAGUGUGUAAAAUAGACCAUUUGACAUAUGUGAAUACUUUUUUUCAGAUGUGUAGUUCAUGUAGAUAGAGAUUAUUUGUUGUGUACAGAGUAUUUUUGUGUUUCAUCUGUUUAAUUUAACAUCGUGCCAAGGUUUGUGAAAAUGUGUUCUCAUUGUGUAUAUAGAUUCAACAUAAUUCACCAACCAUGACUGUAUCUGCAAUUUGUAGAGAUAAACGGUAUUAUUUUCAUUUUCAGAAAAAGGGACUUUUAUGAUGCUCCCAUCCUGGUUUGGAUAAUUCUGCUCCACAAAACGGUGUGACCGGCGGCUUCAUCUCAGAGUAAUUUCAGUGUUAUGAAACUUGUGUAUUUGUAUUUAUUAAUGUCAUGAUAGCCCAAAUAAAUCUGUCCAGAUAGAUAUCAUUUUAUAGAAAGAUCAUGUCAUUCAUCGUCUCAUAAUUUUCUCAAUCUUCUAAUAGUAAUCACUUGGUGGGUUUGCAUUACUACAUCCAAUCAGAUUAGAGUUGGACUAAUGUGUUUAUGUGU